CGGCCGGGCGGGCUGCGCGGCGCUGCGCGGGGCGCGCGGCGGGACCCGGCCACCACCUCCCUGGGCGCCCCGCUUUGCCCUCGAUCGGAGCGGCGCGGGGCCGCGAAGCCGGAGCCAUGCAGUCGGAAUCGGGGAUCGUGCCGGAUUUCGAAGUCGGGGAGGAGUUUCACGAAGAGCCCAAAACCUACUACGAACUCAAAAGUCAGCCCCUGAAGAGCAGCAGUUCUGCGGAGCAUCCCGGGGCCUCCAAGCCUCCAAUAAGCUCGUCCAGUAUGACAUCACGCAUCUUGCUACGCCAGCAGCUCAUGCGUGAACAGAUGCAGGAGCAGGAGCGCAGAGAGCAGCAGCAAAAGCUGCAGGCGGCCCAGUUCCUGCAGCAGAGAGUGCCCGCGAGCCAGACACCAGCCAUCAACGUCAGCGCGCCCACGGCCCUUCCCUCUGCCACCCAGGUGCCCAUGGAAGUCCUCAAGGUGCAGACCCACCUCGAAAACCCCACCAAGUACCACAUACAGCAAGCGCAGCGGCAGCAGGUCAAGCAGUACCUUUCCACCACUUUAGCAAACAAACAUGCCAACCAAGUCCUGAGCUUGCCAUGUCCAAACCAGCCAGGCGACCGCGUUAUGCCACCGGUGCCGGGGAGCAGCGCGCCCAACAGCCCCAUGGCCCUGCUCACGCUUAACUCCAACUGUGACAAAGAGGGGUUUUAUAAGUUUGAAGAGCAAAACAGGGUGGAGAGCGAGUGCCCCAGCAUGAACGCACACCCACGGGCUUCGUGCAUGCAGAUGGAUGAUGUCAUCGAUGACAUCAUUAGCCUGGAAUCAAGUUAUAAUGAGGAAAUCCUGGGCUUGAUGGACCCCGCCUUGCAGAUGGCAAACACGUUACCCGUCUCUGGAAACUUGAUCGACCUUUACGGCAGCCAAGGCCUGCCACCCCCCGGCCUCACCAUCAGCAACUCCUGUCCUGCCAACCUCCCCAACAUCAAACGGGAGCUCACAGAGUCUGAAGCGAGAGCCCUGGCCAAGGAGAGGCAGAAGAAGGACAAUCACAACCUGAUUGAACGAAGAAGAAGAUUUAACAUAAACGACCGCAUUAAAGAACUAGGUACUUUGAUUCCCAAGUCAAAUGAUCCAGACAUGCGCUGGAACAAGGGAACCAUCCUGAAGGCAUCCGUGGACUACAUCCGGAAGCUGCAGCGGGAGCAGCAGCGCGCCAAGGAGCUGGAGAGCCGGCAGAAGAAGCUGGAGCACGCCAACCGGCACCUGCUGCUGCGAAUCCAGGAACUCGAGAUGCAGGCCCGGGCUCACGGACUCUCCCUCAUUCCAUCCACGGGUCUCUGCUCCCCGGAUCUGGUGAACCGGAUCAUCAAGCAAGAGCCGGUACUGGAGAACUGCAGCCAGGACCUCCUGCAGCACCAGGCAGAGCUGGCGUGCACCAGCCUGGACCUCACAGACGGCACCCUGGCCUUCAGCAGCAGCCUGGGGCCCGCGGCCGAGGGUGCCCAGGCCUACAGCGUCCCCGCGAAGAUGGGGUCCAAGCUGGAAGACAUCCUGAUGGACGACACCCUCUCUCCUGCCGGAGUGACUGACCCACUCCUGUCCUCCGUGUCCCCGGGAGCCUCCAAGGCCAGCAGCCGGAGGAGCAGCAUGAGUAUGGAGGAGGCCGAGCUGGCGUGUUAGCGCACCUGCCACCGUGUCCUCAGACGGCCCCCUCCCUGACUGGGACACUCGGCAUUCCCCGGAAGGGGUUUUCUUGAUAAUUUUCCUUUAAUAUGAAUUUUUUCCAUGCUUUAUUGAUAGCCCAGGAUAUAUUUUAUUUUUAGAAUUUUGUGAAACGGACUUGUAUAUUCUAUUUUACAACUCCAAAUGCCUCCAAAGUGUCGUACAGCGCGUGUGUGCAGGAUCUGUGAACUGAGCUCUGGCCGACGCCCCACCCCCCAGCCCGGAGGUGCCUGUGGGGGCUGCGUCUGUCCAUCCUAAUUCAGGGGAAACUUGAUUUGAGGUUUUCAUGCCUGUGACUUCCUUGGCAAUUCAAUGUAGAAUUUAAUUGAACGAAUGUAAAGCAACCAAAAAAAAAUACAUGAAGAAAAAAAAAGAAAGAUGUGCAUCCUAACCCUUCUCCCUUUUAUAAAUGUACUGAUUCAUUGGUACUGCCUUAAAGACACAGUACCUGGGAGCACCCUUCAGCCUUUGUUCUGCAAACUAUUUAAGGAACUAACUAGUGUAGUCUGCAAAAGACCAAAAAAAAAAAAAAAAAAAAAUCAAAACAAAAUGAAACAAAAUUCACAGCAGUCAUUUUCCUGAGGGUUGUCAGUUAGCAAGUGGAACUGACACCAACCCAGAUCGCAAGGUGGGAGAAGGGCCUCUGGAGAGCUGCCACCCACUCCUCCUCACCUUGCAGACGCAGCUUUCUUCCUUCAUGAAUUAAUAAGCGCAACCCCAGCUUUGUCAUCGGAUGCGUUUCAUUUUGAAAUGGAAAUGAAUGUCCUCUCAAAGUCCAUUGUUGAGGAGCACUGAAAGUGUGUUGUACUUAUUUUCUCUCUCUCUUUUUCCUUCGUUUUGGUUUUUAUUUUUUAUUUUUUUGCUUUUGAUAAGACAACCGAACUGGGCACAUUUCUAAUUGGCUUUACUAUUUUUAUUUUUAAAUUAUGUUUUAGUCAUUUGAUUUGUACAGACUCUUUGUUAUCAUCGUUCUUUUCGAUGUUUGUAUUAAUUUGUAAGAAUCUGCAUCUGAAGACGACGAGUUUUCAGUAUUUUUACAACUCUUUGGUGGUUUUCUGCAUUCUUUGUACACCCAGGAAAGAAAAAUUUUAUGCAAGGUCUUGUGUUUAAAGAGAGCUUUGCAAAUAUUUUGUAUAUUAUAGGCUCACUCAAAACUGUUUUUCAACACAUUUAAGAUAGAGUAUUAAUAGGUUAAAACCAGGCUUUCUAGAAAAAAAAACAUAAACCUAUGUAUUUAUUUUUAGGAUAUAAAGUAGCAAUAUUCUUGGAGACUGAUAACCAUAGAGUUACUAUGCCCUUUGUGGUCCUUUAAAUUGGGGUUUAUUUCAGCGAACAUGCUGGAUUUUUUAAAAGAGAGAAAUACUGUAUCGGCAAGUUACUGUUACUCAAUAACAAUGUUUUAACAAGCAGCCAUGUAAAGUUAGUUUCCGUGCAUUACCUACUUGUGUAGCCCUAUGCAAUGACAGUAGUGUUACAUCUAUCCAGCCUAGAUGUCUUAUGCAGUGACACUCAGAUGCAGCCAGGCUGCCAGGGGCCUUUCUCAGAAGCAGCCUGCAGUUGAAGAGCCCGUGGCGCAAAGCAUAUCCAUUCAGAAUGAAGUGCCUUACACACAGCGUCGUCUGCUCUGGACUAGCACUGACUGAACUGUGACCGGGAGGACCCUUCCAAGACGGCAUCCGGAGUGAAGAGGGUCUUGUGGCACGGUGCCUCUGAAGACAGCGGAAGAGCUUCCAGUUUCCUUCAGAUCUUUGUAACCUGAAAUAGACUUUAGUGACAGAGUGCCAACCUAUUUCAUCAGGAAACCUUAUUCAAGGGGGUCUUCUUUUUUUUAAAAAAAAAAAGUGUUUCAAUGUCAAAUAUGAAUUGGUGACGGGACGGAGGGAUCAGAGAACGCGAUCGCCGGGUGUGUGGACGAUGGCUUAGGGAGGAGAGCCCACCUCUCCGUCCCCGUGCACGCUGGCCGCUGGCCACCGGCCACCGAGAAGACCCUUGAAGACGUUGAUGAUGCUCUCAGUUUUAUAGCUUUAUUACUGAAGGGGGCCGGGACGCGUGGCUCCCAUUCUUUCAGCCCUCUGGAUUGUGUCGCCUUUUCCUAGAGUAGUGAUGAUCUGCAUGAAGAGCUCCUGUGCCGUAGUGCUCGGACAACAAUCGUAGCGUUGUCUGCUGUUCUCUUCAUAUUUAUACGGGGGGAGGGGCUGGGAGCAAGAGCUGAAGGUUGCAAAGCAACGAGCUACUUCUCCUGAGCUGAUCUGGGGGGCUCUUAACGAUGCAGCGAGGCUGGCUGACCCACGCCCAGGGACCGUGGCCGUGGCAGAGCCGAAAGCCUCUGAGAGAAAGCCUGGCAUCCUGCACCUCCGGCUGCAGCAGGGCCCCAGUUCGCCACCUCCUGCUCCUGCCUCCUCUUUCCUGCUUAAGGGGCAUUUCUGGGAGCACAGGGGGGCGAACCCAGAGGAACGCUGCAGCCGGCUGGUUUUCUUUCUUUCUUUUUUGCCAAACAGAGUGUGAGUUCGCUUUAGGGACUAGCCAAGCCAAGAGGCAGUGGUUUGGGGCUCUUGGUUUCAACAGGAGGAUGAUCCACGCCACUCCCCCCCAUCCCUGGGUGCGGAACUGUGACUCAGGGUUGGGCCUCCAUUUGGAGUGACCAAAACACCAAAACUGUCCCCCUGCCCGUGGUCGUGGGGCAGUGGAAAUACCAAACCUUCUGUCUUUGCCAAAAGCUGAAACAACCAACCUGGUCCUCUGGAGAGGAUGACCAAGUUCUUUCUGGUUGUUUCCGAACAGUAAAGCAAUAAGAACAAAUAAAACACGUAGGACGCUAAAAGAUAUCCAAUAAAGCACAAGGAAUGCACUUACUAAUAUUUUUGUAAAAUGCACUGGGGAAAGAUUGAUGUUGAUAACAGUAUAAAGAAACCCUAUUUCUUGAUAAAAAAUAAAAAAAAAAAAAACGACAAAUGACUGUCUCUUGCGGACGCUUGGUACUGUAAUGUUAAUAAUUAUCACUGCUGUUGUGUGCAGCAAUAGUUCUGUAUGGUCCAUAGCACUGUAUCUUAUGGAUUGAUAUUAAUGUAUCCAAUGAAAUAAUCGAGCUGUUGUUCUUGAUAGCCUCAUUAAAGCAUAUGGUUUUUCACAAAGCAGUGGCCGGUCGUUCAUGCUAAUUUUCAGCAUUGUUUGCCUCAUUAAAAAAAAAAAGCGUGCACAUUUUUUCUUUGAGUUAAUGAAUAACAAAUUGCCAGAAAAUGUUCAAAAUGCCAAUCGUCCCUUUUUUUUUUCUGGUUUUAAAUGCCACUCUAAGAUGUUACUUUUUGGUUAGAAUCAUUUCUGAUUACUUUAUAACUUGCACUUAAGUGAACUAUAAUUAUGCAGCUUUAUCCCCCCCUCUGAAUUUGGGGGAGAUUUUUGAACUCCCAAAUGCCAAGAAUCCAUUUUAGAUAUAAGGGUUUUAUUUAAAAUGUUUUCAGAGAGAGGUGGCUUCACAAAAAGAGAAAUUGUCAGAGAAUUCCUUGCAUAUUUACAGAAAAGAUAUUGGGUUUUUAAAAUACAAAUUUACAAUAAUGAAAGCUUAAUAUACCCAGUCUGCCAGCUCCUGACUGGUUUUUUUUUUUUUAAAUACAGUACUUAAGGAUCAUUUGAUAAAUGUUGGAUUUGAAUUGGGAAGUGUCAGACAAAACACGUCUUUAUUCCCUAGCUAGACCUUAAACUUCUGCCCUUUUAAAAAAAUAUUCUGGCUUAACCUCUGGAGAAAAUGAGCAAGAAACUUCCUGCAAUGCCUCUGAUCUGACUGUCAGCUUUUGCUCAAGUUUGAUUUUUUCCCCCCUCAAAUUAUAAUAUACAAUAAUUGAAGCCUUUCUUUUUCAGAGUUAUUUGAAUUAUUUAUAUUUCCCAUAGAAAUAUGACUGUGUGAUGUCUUAAAAUCGUGUAAAAAAAAUAGGAAGAUCUCCUACACGAACAAGGGAAUUUUCGGGGAGAAAUCAAGAGCAGCUUGUGCGUCUCAGCCUCCCUGCGUCUCCGUGUUUGAUCUGCUCACUGGAGACAGUAACAGCAGCGCUGCUCAGUGCUCUCGUGAAGACCACGUUGCCGCACUAGAAGGUUUGCCGGGCAGCAGGUAGGCGAUGCUCAGUAAGUGGCAGCUGUUUUCCUAUGAUGUCAUAAUCACUUUGACUCAGUAGCGCACCACAGCUCGCUGGAGAAAUGCUGCACCGGAGCCGAGGGCUGGGAGUGCAGCUGGACCUCGCGCGGGGGAGGCCCUGGGUUUGAUCCUGGCGUACACUAUCCCUUGCUAUAUUACACUACAGUAUAGCAAGGUUUGUGUGAAGUGGCAAGGUGACAGCAGUUGCAGUCCACUUUGGAGAAGAGGACAUAGCUCUUCUUAGCGCCCAGGCUCAGAAUAUUUUAGAGAAUCAAUGAAAAACCAAGUUUAUCACAUUUAGCACAAAAAGACCUAAAAUGUAGGUGUGUCCAGCCUGUCUGGUCAGCACUUGCUCUUGCCAUGGGGCUGACUGUCCUCUGCUGUCUCAGAACCUGUCUCUCAGGGCUGCAGUCUGUACUCUGCUCCUGGGAGAGCUGUGGUCAUGCUGCUUUGUGAAGGACCUGUCACCCUGACUGUACCCUGCCCGUUCACCAGCCCGAUGGUGCCGAGAGGAUUUCCAGGGGUCUGUUUUCAGCUGCACCCACAUCAGCUGACCUUUCGGGGACACCAUCUAAGGAGCUGAUCUUCAGCAUUGAGCUGCUCUAAACUACCCGCUUUAUUGUUUUGUGCUUGUUGAGAUGAAAAGCACAGCCAAGGAGCUUGUCUAAGAUAGCAGUGGACACGUGGGUUGUUCCCGAGUGUGGAGGAGGUGGUGAUGGCUUCUUCAUUCCUCAGUGCCACAUCCGGAGUCAGCAGUGAUACUUCAUGUCUGACCCACACCACAUGAAUCAUGGUUGCCUCUUGUACAGACGAUAAUUGAAGGAGUCUCCAUUAUUUUGUUAUGUAUCUCUGGUCCCAAGAGGCACGUAUUAAAAAAAAUAACAACUUAAAAGGACAGAGUACAAUCUUCAUAUUAAAAUUGUCAAGGUCCAGUAUAUAUGUAAACUUGGAGAGCAUUAAUCAUAUUUGUAUUCAAUAUUUAUCAGUCUUUCCACCCCAUUACCUACACCAGAUAUACUGGAAAGUAAUGGGCGUAUACACAAAAUCAGAUAAAUCUCCGCAACAUGUCUAAAUGGUAAAGACAGUUUGCUUUUGAGAAAUUUGCAUUUUAAAUUUCUAAUUAUGGAGGCAGUUGAAGAUAUAUUCAAAUGGGUGCAAUUGUCACUCAAAAUUCCUUAUAUAUUAUUCAGACAGCAAAAUCUGUGGAGAUAGAAACCACUCAAAGAGUUCCCCAAACUUCACUUUAUGGAACUAGUUCUACAAGCUGUUCCCAAAGUUGCUUUGAGGAAUGGGGGUUUGGAGGUGGGGCUGAGGGUGCGGGUGUGAAAUGCUAUAGUUAAAUCUUGAGAAAGUUAACUUUGGAAAAUGCUGGGCUAAGCAAUUUUGAGCAGAUAGCUCUAACUGCAAGACUUCUCACAUUCUAAAAUAUGCUAAUGUGACUUGAGAGUUUUGGGACUGGGAAUGGUAUGCAAAGUUUCCCAUCCUGUGGCCAGAGGGGAGGAGAAAGUUUGUGUGUGUGUGUGUGUGUGUGUGUGGUGUGUCAGAGAGAGAGAGAGACAGAGAGAGAGAGAGAGAGAAGGAGAGAUGCAUGUUGGUACCUCCAAAGAAUACAGUUUGGUAAAUUCUGAAAAUUUUACACAAAUUAUAUGGAGUUAACAGAGACAACUUCUUCCGAUUGCAGAUAGAAUCCAUUCUCAUUAAAAAGGUAUUAUUCCUAGGAAAAAAAAAUUAGCUUAGGGUUUCAUCUCUGAUAAAAUUCUGGUUAAGGAAACUAUUAUCAUUUAGAAAGUAUUCUGAGUUUUAAAAGUAACAUGUUUUCAUUUUCAACAAAAGUAAAAUUGUGGCCAAGCACAGGUUUGAUGUACCUUUCCUGUGGAUGGUUAAAAGGUAAGUCUUGAAUAUCGUGCAUCUCCCAGCCCUUUAAAUAGGGACAGCCUAGUGUUUGAGAAGCAGAGCAGCAACUUUGGCUACAGCAUAAUUGGUUUUAGUUAAGGUUUUGCUCAUUCGUGUUUUGGUGGAAGGACAUUAGGGAGAAUCUUCUGGUAUUUAGAACUGAUAGGCUCUUGUCAGCGAUUUCCUUUGUACAGGGACAUUUUCUAACAGAUGGACCAGGUCUUCUCUCAGAAGUUUGGUUGUUCAUUGGCUGAAGGCUGACCCACAAAAGGUGCAUUGAUCCUCAUGUAGCUGCAGUAUGUAAUAGUACGCACAAAGAUCAUCCUAGAAUAAACCCUGAGGAGCACCACGAGCAUGUCUUCUCCACCCUUUACAGCUGAGAUUCGAGGUUUCUGUCAGGGUCUUGUUUAACUGCAUUUCUGAGCUCCCACUCUUUGCUUGGGAACAAGUGGCCAAAAUGAAUUUAACUGCGGGGGAUGCUCCCGAUGGCACAGUUAGGCUGGUGCCUGCCUGGCUUUGAGGCAGGCUUGGGAAUUCUUGUCCCUCACUGUCUUGACUCUGACCUCCUCUCUGCAGGUGAUCUUCUCCAGGAGGUCCCCUCCGGCAGGUCCAAGGUCCUAUGGAAAGCCAGCCACGGUGGCAAAGUCCCCUGUAAGUAGUUCUGAUCCCACCUACGGGGACAUGCUCACCAUGGCCCAAAGAUGACCCCGCCAACUGGCCAGGUCACAUCUGAGUUGUGCAUCCACCUCAUCCACGGGGACUUGGGGCCGUGGUGUUCCUGAGAGCGAGGACGUGGAUUCUGGACAGGCAAGACUGUGCCUGCUCCUGCCGUCGUUUCAAGAAGAUGGGACAGGCCUGCCUUUGUCAUCUCUCUCCCCUCCCAGAGGCAUUGUCCUGGGGUUUUCCUCCCUCUGCACUUAGCCACAGGUGAUGGGAACAGUAGACAGGGAGGUAUUGGGUCCUAGGUGCCCGGUCCCCUCUUCCUCCUCCUCACCCAUGGUGACAUUUUAUUAAACGGCUGUCACCCCACCCUCAGUCCUGCACAGGUUGGAGAGCCUGAGAUCCAGGCUUCACCGUAAGAUGUUCAGAGGACUCGCUACGCACGGCUGCCCUAAAUAUGCACGGACUCCCAGGGCCUUCCCAGAGGCCCCUGGGAUGGCACAUGGCAGAAGCCACUCGAUUUCACCUGCACCAAAAAGGGGGAUGUAUCAACUGACGGAACAACAGGCUCCGGGGGGUGGGGUGCAGCUAGGAGUGUGACCUUAGACACCUUCGCGACAGCUGCCUGAAUCCCGCUGACUCCGUGCCCUGCCCCAGCUCAGCUGGGCUUGCCUCCACUGACUUCAUUCCUCGGCCAACUCCCUAGAAGGUGGCAAAGUGGCUGGUGACCCCAGACACACCUUUACCAUUUCCACCCAGCCUGCAGACACUGCUCCUGUCCCCCAGAGUCUCACUGGUGAGAGUCGGUCGGCGUGUUGGAUCCUGCACCAGUCAUUGCCACGGCGUGGGACAGGAGGACAGGGUCUCUCAUCUCCACCAGACCAGCCUGGGGACAGGAGCAGCCCUGGGGCCAUGCAGCCUCCUCCCAGGCCCUUUCUGCCUCCAUAGGAUGCAGACUAAGUUGGACCUCCCCAGAGAAGAGGGCACUGGCCGCCCCAUGGAAGGGAGGCUGCAUCUCCAUUUCCCUCCAGAGCCGGGGCUGUGUUUCCGCCGGCCUGCCUGUCUUCUUCUCCUUACUCUUUUUGCCUUUCCCCCUCCCUCCCUCCCUUCCUUCCACCAAGUUGAAGUGCCCCUUUCAUUUGCUUAUAAAAUAUUCAUCUGUGAUCACAGGUCAGGGCCUGACCAGUGUCCCCACAAUCAUUGCCAAUAUGAAUGCAGUGUUAUGUUUUUUUAAAGACUCGGCCAAGUCGCCAGGUGGAGGGCACCUGCUUGCUGGGACUGAGGUGGGUGAGAGGUAGGAGGUCAUACCUCCUAUCUCGUCAUAUUCGGCGAGCUGUUGGGGAUCACAGUUCCAGGAGUUCACUCACAGGCCGCCGAGCUCAUUCUGUGCAUGGCUAGCCUCUCCCCUUCUCCGUUUCUGAUCCUGGGCCUUCUGUGUGUGCUGCUCUCAGCCUCUUGGUCAUCUUUAAGGUCGUGAUCACACCGAGCUACCGUCUCACGGCAUCUCUGGGGGCUUCAGAGAGGUCUGGAGGUUUGGGUCCCUGUAUUUAGAGGCCCUGACAGCAGCCCCCUUUCUCUGUCCAGGGAAGUCAUUGUCAAUCUUAUCAGGAACCGUGUCCUGUAGAGGGGCAGGUGGGCCUGUGGACUUCCUGAGCUGCUCCCUCUGAGCCGUGCGCAAGUGGCAGGGCUUUGGCUAAAUAGGAAUUUUCCUUUCUAGUUUCCUGUUUUUCCCGUGGACUUUGGCUGAUAGGAGCUGCUGGGUGCGUGAGCUGGUUAAAGAAGUUUUCCUAGGAUUGAAAUGCAGGCCAAACUCCUCGGGUUGGUGGGUUCUGUUGGUGCACCCCCUGGGAAACCAUUCCUCUUUCGACAUAUGGAGGGAAUCUUCCCAGGUCAGUCUAACUCCCGGAGUGGCUGAGGUCGGCCCAGAGUCCUGUGAAGUGCUGGGGGAUGAGAACUUUAGGUUUUAUGAGCUGAGAGUUCGUAUGAAGGAUUUCAGGUUGGUGUGAACAGAACAACAGUGAAAACAGAUUUCCACAGUUUUCACUGAUGAAAUUCAAAGUACAAUGAUAAUAGUAAUUGGGUAUAAUUUGGGGAACACAGAUCUAAUAAGAAGAAUGGAAUCAUUUUUGGGGAAAAAUAACAGUUCGCAUGACUUGGUCUUCUGCCGGCUCAAGUGGUUUGGGGAGUUUUUCUAUAAAGCCACUCUUGGCUCAUGGCCUGUGUGAAGAAGGUAGCCAGCAGGUGCCAGGGUGGUGGGCUCAGCUGCCCAGGUCACAGUCAAUGCCUGUGCGCCAGCUCUAUUUACCAUUGGCCUGUCUGCUCCACAGGAGGGCAGGAAAAGAUUCACCCCCCGCCCCCCGGAAAAAUGUUUCUUCUUCCAGAUGGAGGAGGGGAAAUGGACCAGUGAGUUGAUGGAGCCACUUGAUGAAGGAAUCUCUGGAAUAGAGGAAGUGGUUGGAAGAGUAGUGACCAGACAGGCAUCAGGUGUAUGUCCAAGGUCCAGCUAAAGACUGUCCUCCUUCCUUUCAUAAGGAAGCUUUGAAAUGACCCUGAUUUCCCUCAUCGUCUUCCCCUGGGGUUGUGCAACCUGACUGAUGGUGAGGAACGUCUGAUGGUACCAGUGGUUACAGGGAAGACUGAGAGGAAGGGAGGCCAAGGGGACAGGGAUCGAGAGGACAAAGAAGGAAUCCACCAAUUAUGGGAUGUCCCUGUACAGAUACGGCACAAUGAGUCCUGUGCUAACUGAAAUAAUAAGAGGAGGGAGAUCCGUAGGGAAAGUGGAUCUGGGGGCAGGGAAGUGGGAAGGUACAGGGAAUGAGCUGGAUUAACUAUGUUAUGUGCAUCUAUGAUUAUGGCAUAAUGAAUCCAUACUGUAUAGGUAUGAUGCACCAAUAAAAAAUAAUUAAAAUGAAUGUCCAUGAUGGAAAGAAAGGAGGUUCCUCAUGUUUGGCAGAAAGACUCCUGUGAUUUUCAAUAUUUAAUUUGCUCUUAAAUUUUUUAUCUCCCAAACGUUAGAUAUGGUCAUCUGCGGUUUUUGAUGAAGCUGGUAUAUUGACGGGUCUUAGCCAAGUCCCUCUAUGGAAACUCAACAUUUCAGUCUAUGGUCAGGUAGGGUGUAAGAACGAAGCAGUUGUCUUGAGUUUAAGUUUCUGUUUUAAUCAUAAAAAUUAAAAUUGUGCACGACACACAGGUGGGGCACAUUGUCCAGCGCCUGGCUGUCGGAGAGAAGUUGCUCCUCCAUGUCUGUUUGCUCCCCUCCUUCUGGUGCUGGAGUAAGCUGGGCUUGACCUCAGCACAGAGCCACAUCUGGGCUCCGCUUCUCCCAGCCUCCCCUGGGGACCUGUGCACCUUGUCAUGGAAUCCUGCACGGUGGCCUGGAAGCCGCCCCCAUUUCUAUCAUCCUGCUGUGCAGGAAGGAAAGGGGAGCAGACCCAGCCUCCUGGACCCAGAAAUAAAUGCUCUCUGUUGAGUGUGGUGGCACACACCCCGUCAUCUCCAAACUGCUCCAGGAGCAAGGAGGAAACCGCUGUCCCCAGGGAGGCCUGGACCUUUUCCUGUGACAACUUAACUGUGCUUGCAAAGAGACUGUGUUCUCUUUAUACAUGAAAGUGAGAAGCGUGUCUCCUCCUCUUCCUUCUCCUGCUCCCCCUUUCUGUCCACGAUAGUAAUUUGUAAUUUGCUCUAUUUCCUGCCGGCUUAUGAUUCCAUAAUAUAAUGAGCUUUUUUUUUUUCUGCUUCAACAAAAAACAAUUAAAUUCAAUUUUGUGGCAUGGAUAAGAACAGUCAAAUUAGAAUUCGAAAGCUAUCUGAAGAUUUGUUAUGUUUCCUAAACAAAGCUCAUAUGAUGCUGUUUUUUUUAAAAAAAUAUUUAUUUAGUUGUAGAUGAACACACAGUAUGUUUACUUAUUUUUAUGUGGUGCUGAGGAUUGAACCCAGUGCCUCGCAUGUGCUAGGCAAGCACUUUACCACUGAGCGACAGCCCCAGCCCCAAUGCUGUUGUUUUUUUGUAAUCAUGGAGAAAGCAAAACGCACAGGAAGUGCAUCUUACUACUUUGGUAAGUGAACCUGCAGCACAUUUAUUUGUUUAUUGGGAUUCUUAUAAGAGACUGGAUGAUAGUAUUUAAAUGUAUUUCUUUUGAACUUUCAGAUGAACUUUUCUAAUCGUGUCUAGUUUCAGAGGAGGAAUGGCUGAACUGGAGUGUGAUACCUACAUGCGGCACAAAAUUAUAAACUGUACAAGAAGCAACCAAACCAGUGCAGAAGCCGCUGCAGGUACUGGUUCCCUAGCCAAAGAGGGCUGUCGGCUGUUGACCAGAUCCCUCCUGCCCCCAAGGGUUGACAUCUUGCAGAAGGCUAAUUUCUAGGUGGAGUCUCCUCAAGGGUGGUCACAGGGAAGAGUCUCAUGAGAACUUCGAACCUCUGACAUUAAAGAAUUUUUGGCAGGACCCAGAUAAGUUCUGGGCCACGUGGGCCGUCCCUGUGGUGGUGAAGACUGGGUUUGAAUUCAGCACCCCCCGCUCACCGCCCUCUCUCAGCCUCUUGGCCUCAUCCGUGAGCUGCUGUAGCGGGAACCCCUUACUCAGGCUGCUGGGAAGCCCAAGGGAUUUGAGCGUGGGUUCUCCUGGUGACAGUCCCUCACCCCAGGGCUGGACCCCAGAGCGUCCCUCCUUGGCCUCUGCUGCUCUCGGCACACCCAGGCAGAGCCCCUGCUGGGCCUGCUCCAGCCGCCUCACACCGUCCUCGGCUCUGACUCCAUCUGCCGCAGGUAGGUACCAGGGGAAGGUCAUUAGCACUCAGGACAGAGCCCAGGGAGACGACACAGCCCCAGCCAGCUCUAUGCGACCUGAGGACAACGAGGACCUGCGGCUGCUUCCAAGUGAGACCCUGGAGAGGCGGCCAGACCUUCAGACACGGUGAUGCCCUCCAGCAGGAGAGGCUUAGAGAGCCACUUAGAAAGACCUGGAGUUACCCAAGGAAACGGAUGCGGAAGGGUCUUUCAGGAAAGAAGGAGAGAGACUCUUCAUUCCCUGCCCCGGGUCGGUCACCAAGGCAAUGUCUGGCCUCCUAGGACAGAGACAGGACCCCAGGGUAAACAGCUGGGAACCCCAGAUCACGAAGACUGACCUUCAGCCUCCUUGAUAACGGUGGGUAGCCUCAAGGUAGAAAUGGCCCAGAUUUAGGACAGUGAAGUCCCUCUGCACAUCUGAGUGCACAGAGUGCCAUCCACGUUCACGGCACACAUUUAAGGCUUGGUGUUGGUAGAGGUUUCUGGAGAGGGGGGGUGUAUCCGGUAGGAUACCGUGUGACACUGUUUUCCUUACAACCAAUUCUGGUUUCUGUUGUGGUGAAAUUUUAUUAUGUGUGGGACUUUUGUCCAUGAUAUUGAAGGGACACCGCUGUCAGGCAGAAGGACGAGUUAAGAUGGGGGUUGGCAUCCGUCACGUCACCCUCACAGAGACCUGCUGUGUGUCAAACACUGUGUUGGGGUUAGAGGUCCCAGGUCAGAAGGACAUGGCCUUGGCCCUUGUCAAUGGAGCUCACGUUCUGAUGCUCUGGAGCAGGCAGGAUCUCUAGCCGUCCCCAGGUCAGGUCUCAGGCUCGUGGCUGGACACAGGCUGGGGUGUGGGAAAUGUGGUCAGCUCAGGGAAAGGGUGCACUUGGAUCCCCCUCCUGCAGACACAAGACCAUGGUCCGUGGCAACUCCUCCUUCCCUGCGGCAUCUACUCCUCACCCCUUCCGUAUUCUGGGGUGGGGCACGUCACCAUUGCAUGAUCUGUUUAGACUGAACCGCUGACUUUACAGUGAUCUCCAUCCACACAGAAGUUGUGGGAAUAGCAGGAGCACUGAUCUCUGCUUCUGUUCCGUGUCAGUGGAAGACAGUUGUUAGGAAGAUGCACUGGGUCUAGUGUCACCUUAAUUACGGGUUCAGGAAGGCAGGUUCCCCUGUAUAGUGUUAGGCUUAACGCCACGGGCUCCUCCGAUUUGUUCCCAUGAAUCACCUUCUGGCACCCACAGAAAUCAGGUGACAAACAGGACUAAUGUGACAUUCGCACAAAACACUGCAUUACUUCCAUGCGGUUGACCCUAUUCCAGUGACACCAAGCCAAAUCAGGUUAUUGAGGGGUGAGUGGUGAUUUAACACCCCGAUUUGUAGGUGGUUUUGUCUGAGCCUGGCGUAUUAUUUACACCAUUCACGGUGGGUUCAAAGAUGUAUUAGGUGCACAGUUUGUUUGGUGUGGCCGCCCAUCUCUCCCCAUACCCACAGAAAUACACUCCUGAAUGAAUCGCCACUCUCUCCGCGGAGGACGCCCUGGACCAUCUUCCUACCAGGUUCUGAAUGAUGACAUGAUUUUUUUUUGAUAACUGAUAUUUUUUGAUAACUCAAGAGUUACCAUAAAGCAACAUGCAUUAUGAGACUUGAAGAACCAAGACUUAGAAGAAGGCAGAGUAUCAUCCAAGCCCAGGAAAACUUGAUAGUUGCCUAAUAUUACUAUAAAGGGAGGCUGAGGUCCUCUCUGAACUGGAGUCAGUCUCUUUGGGAGCAAGCACCUUUCUGCCUGAGUCCUCUUCUCCAUGUAACUUGGGAGCAGUUUUGAAUCUUGAGGCUCAGCUCACUGUUAUCCCUGGGAAGCCCUGUGUUGCCGAGAGCAGCCCCUUCUGAACCACCCACUCCAUCACCCUGUGGGGUGCUGUCUGCUCUUUGUCUUCCUGUAUCUUCCUGCAGGCCACUCUCUCUGCCCCAGGUGUACGUAUGAUCACCUAGGACCAGCUCCUAUUGUAGCUAGCUUCCCUUGUGCGUGGAGUACACAAUGGCUAUUGAAAAAAAAGAAACAUACAAAAGAUUAUCCUUAGGAAGAGGAGAUACGGCCACCUUCUAACUUUUGCCCUCUGUGCAGGUGCAAUGGUGGAACCCAGGCAAUCACAUUACACCCUGAGGUAGAAGCCAAGUGUUUGGAAUGGUGAACUACAAAUACAGGUCCCCAAUCAAUCCAUAAAACUGCCUUAUUGUUUCUGAAGAGUCAAUCUCUGACCUUCUUCAAUGUGAGAAAUACAGAAACUUUUUAAGGCACAAUCAGCCUUCAAUACACAUAGCAACCAGUCCAGCAUAUGCACCUGACCCACCCAUCCAGGACAGAGGCCAGUGGCAAAGAACUCUGGUGGCUUCCAUGGUAUAAACCAGCUGAUUUGCAGCCAUGGUUAAGGCUGGGCUGUUGAAUCUUCUGCCACUUGCAGCUAAACCUGAUUCUACUAUCAUGCCCUGUUUAUUCCAUGCCCUUAGUUAUGGUCUAUUAUCAUCUUUUCAUUCUUCUUGUUUAUUAUCCUCUGAUCCUUAACAUGGAAUCUCCAGGAGGGCAGAGAUCUCUGGGUCUGUCAUUAGAACGCUUCUCGGCUGCAUGUUCGAAGAAUGAAUGAACUAAUUCUUUAAUUUUUUUUAUUGCGAGAUAAAAUAUUUUGAGAAUUGCAAAUCUGGAGGAGUAAAAUGAAUUCUAUUUGGAGGACUAGGGCUGGCAGAGGAAUUGACAAAAGUUUUUCUUUUCUUUUCUUUUUUUUUCCCUCCCAGACUUAAAAAAAAAAAAAAAAAGAAAAAACCUGAUGAAAUUAGCGGUAGAUAAAAAUUCAUUUCCAGAUUCUAACAAGGACUCACAAACAAUGGAGAACAUAUAAAUAGAGAAGCAGCUUUAUUAAUAAUCCUUUGCGACUCCGUUCGUGAUCUUCUGGUGACAACCCUACCGGAGGCGCUCUUUAUCAGCCACCGAGGCAAUUUAGAUGCUGUCACAUGCCUUUCUUGAUAUAUACGUAUUAGACAUAAAGCAGUUUUCUCUUCUUUGGCUUAUUUUAGUAUAUAAUUAAAACUGUGACUGUCUGCUACUAAGCAACGGAGCAUGGCCGAGGUUGAUCACAUCCUAUCACAAAGAUAGAAAGAGGAAAAAUAAUAAAAAUAAUCAUACACAUUCCUGCUAUCGGCCUUCAGAUCUUAAUUAUGUUUUAACUCCUUUGUUAGACCAAAGGCACUGCCUGUUGGCAUUUAAAGAACACCCUCACUUUUCUGCCGGAGUUCAAUCUAGUUCUUUAAUUUGGAUCCCAGUCCAUUUGUGGAAUUCUUUGGGUGGCAUUUAAGGUCAUUAGGGGUGAUGGAUGCUGAGAUAGGAGUCGGGCGGUGCAGUUUCCAUUCAGCCAUCAAACUGGGCAGGUGCGUGCAGGGCGCAACCAGGUUCCAGACUCUGAAAACGGAGGCUGGGGCGGGGUGCGUGGGAGCUGGGGAGGUGGGUCUGCACCCCCGGAGGGUGGGCGAGUGCCCACCAGCACCCAGCAGCCCCCACCCUUCUCCUGGGGGCCCACCUCUGCAGCCCAGCCUCAAGUGCACGUUCACAGUGUCUCUUUUAAACUUGCUGGAAGUGGACCAGCUCUGGACAUGCUCAGAGGAGCCCCCAUACUUCUGUUCUGGCUCCUCCUCCUUCAGCUCCCCAACACGGCUAUAGGUGAGCUUACUCACUGCCUGCUCACCCCUCUGUGACUGACUCCCAGGCCCUACUGUGUUCUGAGCACCCUUCGGGGUUCCAGGGCCAUUGCCGUGAGCAACACUUGCACAGCUGCUCGGGCAGAUCUGCUGGGCUUGGUGCAAGGUUAAGCCUGAAACCCUCUCCCCAGGCCAUUGGCUCUUCACGCCAACCAUUAACAAGCAACAGAACAUGCCCCGUGGCAGAGCCAGACUCCAGCCCCACCUGUGCCUGGCAUCCUUUCUACCCCUCACUAGCCAUUGAGCAUGUCACUUAAUGUCACCCACCUGCAUUUCUUUAUCUGUAAACCAGGACCCUAUCUUAUGGGUUGUGGGGAGAGUAGUGAUAUAAUGAACGAGUCCCUUCUGCAGCACGGAUUGGCACUUGAUCAGCUUUACAGGUUAGUAAGGAAAGUCACAGAGGCCACAACUGGCCCCUACCUAUUCUUCUGCUGAAAAGGGGGAAUCCACAAGCACCCCGAGUCUGUGCCUCAUGGGGAGCCCUUGGUCUUGCUUCAGUCUUCUAGCAGGUUGCUCCUAGAGGGCCAGUUUCCUUCUCUACAGUCUGGGCAGGGCCAUGCCAAGCUGUGCCCCCGUCUGCCCUACUGUCUUGAGGCACCUAGACCUGCUCUGAAAGCCUGGGGUGGGGGGUUUCACCGUCUCCACGUCAACGUGCUGAGAGUCGUGUCUGCCUGGCUCCCACACGAGGCUGUCGGGCUAACUUGUCAGCUUGCCACAGAACCGCUGGCCGCCGGACACCUGGGUGGUGAUCCUGCGGUCCUGGCCAGCCGGUCCCCUUGGGCAGGUGGUUGCUUUUGCCGGUUUGCCUCUUAGAAGAAGAAUAGAAGCAGCAGCUAGAACCUGAAGCCCUCUGCUGUUCCAGACGCUCGGCGGAUGCUUGAGUUGGGGGUGAAACACUCAAAAAGCCUGGAACAGAAUUUGAGGCUAGUGAGCUGGACUGGAAGGGAGUUAUCUAAACGAGGAGCAUCUCAGCCAAGCCAUAGCCAGGCAUCAGCACGUCUUAAGGAUACUGAGGCAUGGCCCCAAGCCCUUUCUGCUUGCUCUCCAGGGUCACCUCCUGGGGUUCCCAAUAACCUAUCGUGGUGGGUUCCAUCAUGCAAUUUGGAAAACAGUUCAUCCUGGAGAAGUCUCCUAACUACAAAAGGGACAUGGUGGCUUCUUUAACUCAGCUCAAGGGAUUCUAUCCCACCCUCGAUUUGCACAGAUCAGCACAGGUCCUCCAUCUACUGACCAAGGGCAGGGACAUGGCCCUUCUCUUCCAGAAUCAGCUGUGGGAUGGUCUCACCCAUAGAUUUCUGACCACAUUAGAUACUCAAGAAACCAAGUCAACCCAAGUUUCUCCUGGUGGGUUGGUAGAGGGAUGACAAUUGGUCCCUGUCACAGUCACACAAGGACUUGGAGAAACAUGCAAUUGGGGAGGCAGUCAGAGCUGCCCCAAACUUUUAGGAAAUACGUCUCUGCACGCAAACUAUAUAAAUUUCUAGUGUCCCCGGGGCAGAGAAGAGAAUUCUUAAGAGUGCAUCAUCUCCCCCACGCUCUCACAAUCCUCCUUUGUAUUAAGCCGAAGCUGACGUGGCCCCUCGUCUCUGUCCACAUCUGCACUCUGCCUGGCCCUGCGUCUGCGUGCCCAGCCCCUGGUACCGUGUUCAUUCCUCUAUAGCACAGAAAGAUCCACCGCCAGCCAUCCCAGAACGAGAGCCGGAAGGGGACGGGGACAGCUGGUGAUCGGCUCCCUGAGCCUGCAGUCCAUCCUGGGCUGGUCACUUGUAAGCAGGACAAAUACCCUGCAAGACUAAAAUGCACUGUGAGAGGGCCACCUGUUGCCAUGUGCUGUUAUUUUUGGUGAUCUCUGGGAUUUAAUUUUCUACAUAGUGUAUCUACUCCUGGUAUCUGCACCGUCAACUCUUCAAUAGAUAGUCGUAAUGGUUUAGCUAUGAGGUGUCCCCAAAAGCUCAUACGGGAGACAAUGCAAGGGAGUUAAGAGGUGAAAUGAUCGGGUUAUGAGAGCCUUAACCUAAUCGGCACAUUAAUCUCCUGAUAGGGAUUAGCUGGGUUUAACUAGGAAGGUAGGGUGUGGCUGGAGGAGGUGGAUCACUGGGGUGGCCCUUGGGGCUUAUAUUUGUCCCUGGUGAGUACAGCACUCUCUCUCUCUCUCUGCUUCCUAGUGCCAUGUCCUGAGCUGCUCUCCUUCUCCACACCCUUCCGCCAUCAUGUUCUGUCUCACCUGGACCCAGAGCAAUGGAGCUGGCCACCCAUGGACAGAGACCUCGGAAACCAUGAGCCCCCAAAUAAACUUUUUCUCCAAAAAUCAUUCUCGUCAAGUCUUUUGGUCACAGCAGUGUAAAAGUUGACUGAAACAAGCGUUAAGCAUCAGCUCUAUCACACCGACAUCCAGUGAGGACUUCCCGGGAGAGCGGUGCACAGGUCACUCUAGUAGAAGUAGCUCCCUCUCCAUCUCCUGGUGAGUGGAGCUCCCCAGUCACUUGGCACCAGGCUUCUCCAGGUCCAUGUCUCUGGCACCCUGAGGCUGGCCCUUUGAAAAGCAGAUUUUCAGCAGGAUCUGUGGCUUUCUGCUUGUCCUCGAUCGGUCCUGUGGCACUUACAGGACAAGAAACAGCCUCCUCUGUGCCCUGGCAGUUUCAGGCAGAAGUGGUCCUGACCCAUGUGCACAUUUUAACACUUUCUCCAGACCUGGCCACGAAAUGAUCAACCAAAUUGGUUCCUUAGGAAACCGAUUUCCUUUCUGAGCAUCUUCUCUUGCCGUCCAACGUACGUUUUAACCACUUUCCCCCCCACUUCCUUCCCCUCCCGGGGCGCUGAGCUCCGAGGCCGGCCACCGUGCAGGAAAGCAUUACCGCGGUAGCUGGUAGUUGUAGCUUCGCCAAAAGGCCCUGCUUUUGCUCUGGGGCAAACUUGUUAAGAUUGGGAGCUCCGCCAGGGUCAUCUGUCCAAGAGCGCUGUGAAAGCCUCCUGGGAUGUUCAUCUAGCCACGGUCUAAUUAAUUUUCAAACGGACAAAAUAGCUUCUUGGGCCGCAUAACAAGCAUUUUCAUUCAUCUCCGCGAGGCUGGAUUUGGCUCCGAGCAGGGUCACGAGGAACUCUAAUGGCUGCUUCCCUCCUUUGUGUGUCCCCAGGAGAGCUUGCGUUGAUGUCAACAAAGCAAGAUCUAUGCUUCAGGCGAUUGGAGUGGGUUCAGCUUCCAGAGAGCCAAGUUCUUUGACUUCGCUGAGAAGGAAAGGGUGCCCAUGGGAACCACCUCUGUGCAGGGGAGUCUGAGCCUGGGAUGCCCACCUGGGUCAGCCAGCGUCCAUCACAGUAACGGAACGCCCGAGACGUGGAAACCCAGACCACAGAGAUGAGCAAAGUAGCCCAAGGACCUGCUGCUCACGGGAAGUUGCACUGGGAUUUGUACUCGGGACUUGGAACUCAUCCGACUCCACGUGACCUCCACCCUUCGGCUCUCAAAGGGAUAAGUACCUUACCCCACUGCAGCGCUAAGGCUGGGCCCUGCUCUGUGAUCCAACCCACACACUGCACAAAGAGAGGGUGGCCGGUUCUCACUGAUGCCCUUUGCACAUGUGAACAUCUCUGCUGUCUCUCCCUGCUCCUAAUAACCUAGUGACACUGUGUCAUGUGCAGUUGCUCGGGAAUGAUCCACCCCAAGAGGCCCCUGCCUUAUGAGCAUGGGAUUUUCCACCCUGGGCUCUUCUCCUUUGCUCUGUGUCAGACCCUCUUGGUGUGGCGGUGAAUGCAGACUCCUGGGAUCACCAUUUCUGAGUGCAUAGAGUAAAGUGCAAAGGUCACCAGUCUUACUGAGCACAGCUUAAUUUAUGAACCCAGGUUAAGUUAGCUCAAGCACGAGAACAAAACUACAGCAGGCUGGGUGUAGGGAGGGGUGAGUUUAUUGGCUUAAAGCGAGGAGGGGUGUCAGCAAACCAUGGCCCUGGCCCCCAUCUCACCAGCUACCUUUCUUGUGAAGUUUAUUGUAAACUAUUAUUUCCACUCAUCUGUAUCUCACCUGUGGCUUUUUUCCUAAGGAGCUAAACUGCAAACAUUCUCCCAUUUUCUUUGCAAAGCAGAUGUGUCUCCCUUGCUGCGCCCGAGACCGCUUUCCAGCUGGGCUAGGGCUGUGCGGGUGGUAGAGCAUCUGCCUGGUAGGGUGAAGCCCUGGGUUUCAUCCUCAGCCCCCCCAAAACACAGAAGAGAUGAACCUUCCAGGAUUCCUUGGGGCUCCAAGCAUUUGCCCAAGGUGUCGGACAUGGCUGCUGUUGAGGUCCGACCAGUGACGGGCUUCACUUUAGGACCCUUCUCGCCAGGCCUAGAACUGGGGAGGCAAGUCCAUCCUUCUUCUGUUGGUUAAUCCGAGGGUGCCCAAUUGUUACCUCACAGAAGCCGACUCUGACCCAGGACCACUCUCAGUUAACCCCCAAUUUAAGUGUGUGAAGAGGUCCCAGGAUUGCCACGGAGACGGAAAUGGACACAGAUUCAACAACCUCCUUAUUACAGAAGUGGAGCCAACGGGUUCUGAAGGGUCUAAAAGAAAACAGCGUCUCAGUUCCAUUUCUGUAAUAGGAACGGAAACAAAGGUGGGGGAAUCUGCUAACGCCCGUCCAGACCCGGCCUGGGAGGAGUGCAGAAAUCCAGACCGUCCAACAAGCCGACCCCUUGUUGUUAUGAAGACGGAAACCGCGGCCUCAGUCCCAGAGGGGCAGAGUCUCACUGCUUGUGUGACGGCUGAAAACACACUGAUUAAGAGAGACCUGGGAAGCGGAUUCUGGAAGAAUCCAAUGAAAUGGAUUGCCACAGGUUGGGAAGAUUGAAGGAGUGAAAGAGGCAAUUACGUUCUCAUUGAACAAGACGCAACUCAAAACUGGGGUCCUCCUGAAGCAGGGGAGAAGACACUGCACCCGUGACAUCUUCCUUGGAACGUCAACUCUCCUCCAGGGUGAAUAAUUUAACAUAUUUUUCUUUUGAAACAAAUACGGAUGUAUCAUGAAGGAGAGUGUCAAUUUUGCAUGAAUUUUUAAGAACGGGACUGGAUUAUUCAGUCACUCUCUCAUUGUGGCUGUGACUGUGGGUUAGACCUCACUACACCGUGCUUCAGAGGCACGCUGGCUUCAAGGCCCAUGACUGCCACAGGAGCCCUCACUGUCCUGUCCACCACGUCGGCUUCCCUUGGGCUUCCUCUAUAGGAACGCCAUCUCUGCCCCAUGAUGAUGGUGGUCAUCCAUUUCCAAGCAGGAAGAGCCACCGUGGCUGGUCCCAUGUUGACCUGUGACAGGAGAUUAUCCAGACAGUGGCGGUCCAGUGGGUGACAUAGCCUGCCCACCAGUGGAGGUCAGUCUGCCGCCGGAGGGGAUUCCGGGCAAAACCAGCCCUCGCUCACUGUGAGCCUUCAGAGAAGCGGCUCCCUGACCUCCUGGGGCACAGGGGCGUGCUGGCCCUCCCUGUAGGUGCCUGUGGCAAAGGCGAAAGCUUUCCCUUGGUCUGUCCUCUGGGCGGGCGGAGGAUGACCACGGGGAAGAGGCCACUGCUGCAGCACACGUCCCCUGGCACUAGCUCUAGCCCUCGUAGAACUUCUGCCCUGGCCCCCGGGAUCUGUACUGGAGUUUGAGAACAAUGACUUUUUUCCGAGAAGUCAAGGACAUGACACGGGGUGAGCGGUCCACCUCCCAGUAUCUCCCAAAGGCUUGUGACUUAAGAUUCCCGGCUCAGUGUUUCCAACAAACAUCAUGAACCACAGGGACUUUAAUUCCCCCCUUAAAAUGACAAUAGGCACUUUGAUUACCAAGUCAGAUCAGGCUAAGCCAGAAGGAGCAAAUCAAACUGUCAGAGUCCUGGGGACUUGCCCAGGCACGUCCUCAAGUGCUUAGGAGCCUCACCCCAGGGAUCCUCGGAGCAGACAGACCUGGGUGGUCAGGACGUGCCCCUCUCCAGAACUGAUCUUCCUGGAAGCUCACUGAAGGCUCUGAGAAGUCCUGCAGGCAGGGGCCCUUUGGCUUUGCUGCAUGUGGUCCCUCUCACCCUGGUUGACAGCUGCUGUGACCACCCUGAAGUUUGGUCACCUGUGAGUUCCCUGAAGGAUUUCUGAGAAGAACGGUGUUUUCAAGCCCAAGAACGAGAAGUUUGGGAGGCUUGGGCUCCUCCUCUUCUCUGCAGAGCUUAAGGGCGGAGUUCAAAAUGCACCGAACUGUCACAGCAGAGAAGGACAGUGCUGCACAGUGCUCCAGGACUGCGCUGGGCAGAGGUCAGUAGCCAGGUCCCCAGAGGAAACCGGGAACUGAACCCCGAGUCCAGCCUUGGAGAUGAAAGUCACCUGCCUUCCUACCUUCCUUCCUCUCUGUAGGGUCGCUGGGAUCCUUCAACUCUUUCCUCCAGAUGAUGUAGAAGAUUAGAAAGGAGCAAAAAUUGAACAGGAUCCCGGUUUUUCAGGUGCCCUCAUCGCGCGCCCACUGAAAUGGCCCUGGAGAUGAAGUCGCCCCCACCUCCCUUACCCCUGUUUCCGGCUCGCCCGACCAGCUCUGCCACCUGUGACAUCCGAGCAGAGGUGCCAGCCUGGGCGAGGAGUGGGCUGUCCCUGCGGACGCCCCGCCCUCGCAGCCCUGCGCCCCACCAUGCCCCUUCCUUGGCUGCUCAAGCUACGCGGCCUCAUUGCCUUCCCUGGGCUGAUGAGGGAAACCGUUCCCAGGGACGGGCAUCGCAGUGCUGAGGGGGCUCCUCUGGGCUCUCCAGGCCGUGCCCAGCCCUUUACAGACCCCAUUUCCUGUCGUCUUCCUGCACAUGUGCGACACACUCACUGUCACCUAAACGUGUCUUGCUAUUUGUCAACGGAGGAGCAGAGACUUGGGACCCGUGAGCAGGCUGCUCAGGGCCAAGGUUGGGAGCUGCGGGCAAUAGUGAGAGGACUGACCCGCCUCCUUAGGAUGGACGUCCUGGAAGUCAGGGGCUGAGGCUUUAAGGAGGAACCAACAGAGGGAAUUAGAGGGAAUUCCCUUUUCUGUGGAAAAUGACUUGGGAGCUCUUCCUCUUCUGACCACACUGGCUGUACGUGGAAAGAAUUCCGUGUGAGUGUGUGCAUGAGUGUGUGUGCAAGCACUCAUGUGAGUACGCGUGUGUGGGGAUGUGUGUAGGUCCGUGUGUGCACAUGUUUCUGUGAGUGUGUGCGUGUCUGUGAGUGUGAGUACUUUGUGUGCGUGUGUGAGAGUGCAUGUGUGUGUGUGCAUGUGAGCAUGUUUGUGUUUGAGAGUGUGCUUGUGUGUGUGUAUGUGUGUGUGUGUGUGUGCACAUGGGGGGUAGAAGGGAAACAAGAAAGUGAGGAUACGUUCCACAGCAAGGAGCAACCACACGCCCCUCCUGCCCUCACAGUGAGCCAGGUGUGUUUUUGAUUCAGUGUAAAACGUGCAUGGUUUUUCGUGUGGAGCUCCUUUUAUUUCUAUUUGACGUGUCCACUUUUCAAGAAGGACACUAGCAUGUGGCCUGUCCUUCAGCCUCGUCAACCUUCUGCUGCUUUGAUGAUCAUUUGCUCUCUUUUAAUAAAUUUUGUCUGUCCAAUGAACGUGAGGGGUUCACCCCCCCCCCCCCGCCCCCGUGAAGCCCCUGCGGCACACUGGACACGGGGAUACAGAGGAGCAGUACGGAAGCCGAGCCUGGCCCCUCAAGCGCUCGCCUGCAAGCCUCAAAUCCUCUCUGGCCUUCUCUAAUCCAUUGUCACUAAGGAUCCACAUGGUUCUCCAUCCAAGAGCUCCAAGGACGCCUCAGAUUGUGGCAAUGUUAACAGGGGAAGCGACUGCCAAUACUGCACCUUUUAUUAUCUUGGGAUUGUUUUCAAGUGAGUGAAAUAACUGGGCUCCAGCCUGCACCUGUUAAUGGGGCUUCUGAAGGCACUUCUGCAGGUCUUUGUUUGGAAGUGGUGAUCUUGUCCUGCAGACGAGCUGGCCGCUGAGACUUCCUGCCGUGUGAGGGUAAAGCCUGGGAGACGGUUCCUUUUUAAUAACCAUUUUCAAAGCAACUUAUGAAAUCGUCAUCAGCUUUUUAAAAGAAGUAGUCCUUAUCAAGGGGGAGGAAAGCCUAUGAGAUCCGUACCUGUCUAGGCACCAGGUGGGAGGUGAGAGGUGACAGGUCCACCGGGGACCCAUGCCUGGGAAGCAGUACUCCGAAGGCAGCCUGUUAGAAGACACGUCUUUUAUUUUUACCAACCUCGAGUUUCUGUUCUUCCAACAAUCUAUUGUUGCUGAGUGGAAGGUGGAAUAGACUGAGCUUUCUACAAAUGGACUCUUUGCACUGUAACCCCGAGAGUUCAGAUGAGAACCGUCAUCCGCAGCCAGCCCCCGGGUGCAGGUAACUUGAUUUCAUCAUGAAGUUGUUUUGAGUCUGCCAGCACAGAGCAGAGACGACGGAUGAUUUAUGACGGCCUCUGUGUUCGGUUGGUUCUUUUGAUCUUUCAGUUGGGAACAUUUAUGGGACUAAUUUCAUUUCUUACUGCAAAAUCUAUGCCACACUUUGGUUUGUGCCGUGCAUUCCAAAAGUGAUCCAAAUUGAUUGGGUGAAGUCAGAACUCUCUGGACUCAGCAUCUUAUCAUUUCACUUUGUCCACGGAUUCUGAAUGGGUUCGGUGCACAACUAAAGGGCGUUUGAGUCUCAGGUUCAAUUUAGUUUAACUUUCUCAUCUUAAAAGAAGAUUAUAGGGGCUGGGGAUGUGGCUCAAGGGGUAGUGCGCUCGCCUGGCAUGUGUGCGGCCCAGGUUCAAUCCUCAUCACCACAUACAAACAAAGAUGUUGUGUCCGCCGAAAACUAAAAAAUAAAUCUUAAAAAAAAGAGAAGAUUGUAGCUGCUUCCAAUGACAUAGCAGCUGUUAUUUUUAAAGAGUUGUUUUAAUGUUUUUUUAUUGUUGUUUUUUUAUUCUGGACAUGGAGGAAAGAACCAAAUGGAUUCAUUUCUUGGGAAGAAAACUUUGGCCUGGUAUUUUCGUCUGGUUACCUUGAAUUAAGAAAAAGGUGGAGGAAUUAGAUGUAAGCUCCCUCUUGUUGGCGUCUACCGAUUCUAAAGCAUCUUACUAUGAGUUCAGAACUGCAAAUCUCAUCUCAUCAUCUCUUCUCUGAAGUUUAUUCCUUAAAUCUUUCAGUGAAAACUACCAAAUAAUUUCCCGUCUCCAGGGCCGGGAACCUUCUAAUAAUUCCAUCCCUCCUUUUAUCUCUGCAGCCCCGGAUUUCUCAUUGCUCCACGGCUCUGCGCUGCCAUUGCUCUGCGUUCACCUCUGGGAGGCAGUGUUCACAGUGAUGGCAAAUUUCAGUCACGCCCUUGCUGUCCCAUCCUCCUGCUUCUUUUUGACUCCAUGACAAUCCGUGGCUCCCAGCAAAAAUCUAGCCGCCUCUGCUUGUCCUUCGAAGCAAAAUACGUUGUCCCCUUCCAGCUCUCACUGUCCCUUUGUGUCUCUGCCCGCUCUGUGCUUGUGGACCCUUCCUCCUAGAAUGCCCUCCCUCUCUUCCUCUUCUGGUCUUCAUUGAGCUACUCACACUGGCUGGUUUAGGCCCUCCUUCCUGCCCUUUCCCCAACCAUGGCACCCAUACUGGCCCAUCCCUCAUUUCGGACCUGCCGUAGUCCCACCGGGGUCCAUGGGAAGGCUCUCUGACUUCCUCAGCUAGAUUAGCUCCCCCUCCUGAAUCUCAUACUGUCCUUAUUUUCCCACAGUGACUCGCACGAGCCUGGACUUUAGAGCAGGUGCUUCACGUUCACUGAUGGAUCUGGACCAUGAUGUUCCUGGGUUGCACCGAGAUGCGAGGUAAACACCGUGUUUGCUGAUAUUUUUUCAUGGUUUAUGUUCUUGGCUUCUGCAAGUCCCCUGGUUCCAUUUGCCACAAAUUGAAAGUGAGGCAGGCAUGCUCUUCCUGGGGGGACGCUGGUGGAUUAUGGUAGAUGAGCAUCCCCAGGGCUCCGUUGGGACAUGUCUUCCCAGGUGCUGUGGGGGACUGGAAAAGGAGGCAGUUGGCCACAGGCUAAGUUCAGAGGUCAGCAGAGCAAGGCCACUGCGGCCAGGCAGUCCCCGCAGUCCUCCCAGCCAGGUUUUCCUUUGCUCCAACCUGGAAGUUCUGCGUGGGAUCCCUGAGAGAUGGGUACAUGGAAGGGCAAAGGAAAGCGGCAGAAUGUCUGUUACCAUUGCCUGGGGACUGGACCCCGCCGUCCUGUGGAAUCUGCAGUCCUGCUGGCCCGGGAAGACUUUGGAUUUGCCUUCCAGAGAGGACUGCCUACGUGAAGCAAUGCUCCCCUUCCGCCUCGUGCAAAUCUCCAAUCUCAACAUUGACCAAAAGAAGGCUGCAGAGGAGAGUGAGACGUGGGAAUCCAGUGUGGGACUCCCCCCGUCUGUGCCACAGGUGGGGCAGGAGCGGGCCGGGCGAGCAUCAGUGGAGCAGCGGGGGUUCAGCCUGCGGUGGGGUGACAGGGGUGAGAGGGUGCAGGAACAGGCCAGGGAUGCUACUCAGCCAGGGUCUGCCGAGGUACAGAGACACAGGAUGAAACUCGCCAUGUCCGAAGGCUGGCGAGCACAGCCACAUUUUGAGGCACAGUGUCUCUCAGAAGGACCUAGAGCACAGGCAUCUUGGAACAAAAUGGUCGUUUUAUGUCGGCUCCCAGCUGUUGUGUGCUCAAUGAGCUAUAGUGGCCAUGGCCUCUCACCGUCAGAAAUCCUAUUUUCAGAAAGAAGUUAAAAAAUAGUCAGUAGAAGGGAACAAAGUAUUGUCACGGAAAUGACCAGCUCUGAAAGUUUGGGAGUUCACAGCAGUGAGAGGGGAAGACAUCAGUUUGGAAUAAUUUUCAGCGACUGGGGACAUAUUCCUUUGGGAAGGGCUAGUGAUCUCGUCAGGGGACGCUCCCUGCUGCACUCUGGGCACAGUUAACAGUCCCUGUUAACCGUGAGCUCCUAGAACACAGAACUCCGCGGCACUCAGCCAUUCCUUCCCCUUAGCCAUUUCUCCCUAGGUCUCCCUACCUCCAGCCCCGUCUUGUCUGUCCUGCUGAAGUCAAGAUUUCCUGGUGGUUAGAGAGGCCCCUCCGCCACGGAGGGCACUGUUCUCCCAAAGUCUAAAGGGUGGCCGACCGCAGGGUCUUGAGCACAUCUGGUGCCUGGUCACCACACACACGUUCUCCACUCGGCUUUUAAUCCUCCUACAACAUCCAGUGGGAGGAAAAUGCCUUGUUUGCUAAGAUCAUGGAAUGUGCCAACCUUAUGUUGGCCUGAGUGAUGCCAAGGGAGGCCGAGUCUCUUUGGAGGUCUGUGUUGGAUAGCUUGGAGUGACAGAAGCUGGUGUCCUCUGAGCUCCGGGCACCAGCACGUGGGCAGGUUGACACACUGGAAGGGCAGCCUGCUCUGGAGGUCAUGGUGCACGGCCAUCAUCCCCUGCCUGUGCUUUCUCUCUUAGCAUGAACGAUGCUGAUUCACUGCAGUUAAAGCUCAGACUUCCUGAUGGACAGGCAGUGAGCACGACUGGGCCCCGUGUCAUCACCAGCUCCUGGAGCAGGCGCUUAACACGCACGGGGGGAGGGGCAGUUCCAAAAGUGCCCUGGACAUUUGUAAAAUAGGUGCUCUACGCCCAUCUUAACCAGGCAGCCUGCGACCCUGCAGAUGGCUCUGCUAAGCAUGAAUCAGGCCACGGAGGCACUUUUAUUUGCUAUAAUUUUCUUUGAGGUUGAAUGUUCAUAAUGAUUUAUUUCGGUAGUUAGCUAAAAUAUUUGCAUCCUAUUUAGACAGAGGAAUAGAGAGGGCAGCCUUCUGGACAUUGAAGGAUGGAAAUGGGGGGAUUGAGCUGCAGAAAAAAAGAAUGUAUCAUCAGCCAAGUAGAAAGCCAGAAUUUGGUGGAGACUAAUUAAUCGUGACUCAACUUUGUCCUAACAUCCUUGAAGACAUCAGGCAUUAAUGUCCUUUCUCUCCUUCGAAGAAUCUCCUGAAAAAUUUAAGUGAGGGAGGGGUGGACUAAAUUAGGGUUCUCUUGAACACCACGAAGGAAAUCCAUCAUCAAAGCUGGGGCUGCGUCAUUUCUCAGCCUCAUUCUAGAGGCUAGCUCCAAAAAAUCAGUUUUGUGUCAUGAAGGAUGGCUUUUUUAAAACCAGGGAACUUGUGAAGAGUGUUCUCGGUGGAGAGUCGGCUGAGAAUAACAAACACUGGUUUAUUUCCAGACCCCACCCAGGCGGGUCACAGGGUCAUUCCCUCCCAGCACGUCUAUUCUGAGUCCCCCUUGUCCCCGGACGCUGCCAUCUUUGGAGUCAUACAUCAUCACAGUGAGGCGCUCCUGUAAUGUAUUGUGCUAAUCCAUUGCGGGAAGGACAGCGCCGAUGAUAAAUGUUUUAAAUGAUGGUGCUGUCGGAGGCUAAUGACUCCAAGAGCAAAUGCAAGGUAAGUGGGGAUUGCUUUCCAGGCCCCCGUGAGGAAUGCAGAAGAUGUCCCUAAGCCAUUUCCACCCCGGGGCAGUAUUGAAAGAGGUGGCUGCCUGAGAGGCCUUUGUCACCUGCACUUGGGCAGUUAGGGCAAGCAGAAGGGUCUUUUCAGAUAAAAGCCAUCUCCCUCCUUGGGGCUAGCUUUUGUUGCUGUUGAUUAGUUGAUGGAUUGAUUUUUGUGUUAGGCAGCUAAAAAGCACCUGAAGAAGUUGUUUGACAGAAAGCAGACUGAGCACUGGUGUUAGGUUCUCAUCACUGUGACCAAAAUCCCUAAUAAGAACAACUUAGAGGAGGACAACUUUAUUGUGAGCUCAUAGUUUUGGAGGUCCAAUCUGUGGCUGGCUGAUUCCACUGCUGUGUACGGGCCAUGAGGCAGAACAAUAUGACGGGAGGGAAGAGUGGAGGGAAGCUACUCAGCUCAUGGUAGGGUCAGGAGAGAGAGAGAGAGAGAGGAAGGACCAGGUACCACAGGGAAGACACACCCUUCCAGGUCAGCCCCCAGUGACCCACCUCCUCUGCCUCUAGCACCACCUGGUCCUUCCAUUCACCUGCAAUGAAUGGAUUAGGUUUCAGCUCUCACAGUCCAAUCAUCUCACCUCUGAAUUUUCCUGCAUGGACACAGGAGCUGUGAGGGGGACAUCGGGUGUCCAGAUCAUACAGCAGCUGAGGCUCUGCCCUCUCCUGGAGAGAAUGGGGGCCUGUGCUUCUUAGAACACGCACCGUUUCCUAGGCGCUCCUUGCUUGGUGCAGGAGACGUGUUCCUGCUGUUCCCACUGUCCCUGUGAUUUCAACCAGAGGGACAGACUGACUGGCAGGAUCUGUGACUGGAAGUCUGUUGUCCAGGCAGAAGUUUUGUGGGUGGAUGACAAAUUCCUGUCUACGCCGCAGAUCUGUGCCUCAUGCAUGCCCAGGAGAUGCCUGGGUGUUCAUUAGUAGGGAAAAAGUGACCCUAGGGUGGAGAACGUGGGAGGAAACAUUUAGUGGACGAUUUUGGAGGAAGUCAUCCCUUCGACGUGUGGUGUCGUUUCUUUCUGCUUAAGAUAGCAAAAGCCCCUGCGGCAGCAUCUAGUCCUCAGGGAUGGAGCCUCUCUGGACAGUGACUUUCUCAUUCCUUUUUUAAUUUUAUUAUUCUUAUUUUUUUUUUUUAUUACCAGGGCUUGAACCCGUGGCUGCUUUACCAUGGAGCUACAUCUCCAGCCCUUUUUAUUUUUUAUUUCCAGACAGGGUCUCCUUAAGUUACUUAGGGCCUUGCUAAGUAGCAGAGGCUUGCGAUCCUCCUGCCUCAGCCUCCCGACCUGCUGGGAUUACAGACACGUGUCACCCUGUCUGAUGACUUUCUCGUUGCUUAGGCAUAGCCACAAAAAAGACGUGUCUCAUGCUUUUCCUGGGAGAAAACGUAAGUACAGAUAUCACCUACGCUCCUGGUGCUCAGGUAGCUGACAGUGAGACUGUAUUGUGCUUGGUCAGCCACUGGCCCUGUGCUCUCAGGCCUUGCCACCAAAGCCAAGUAGGCACAGGAGAGGGUGGGUCACUUGGAGAGGGAGGGUCACUUGCUCCAGGCAACAGGGUAGGUCCAGCUUUUGAACCCAAUGACUCCCAGCCCUGUGCUAACCCGUCCUACUCACUGCAGGCUCCUGUGUUUUAAAACGAGUCCUGUGUUUCCUGCCCCCUCAAGGUGUCCUGAGCCAGCAUCUUGUUGUAAACUGGGUUUGGAAGUAAAUAAUCUCACUGUAUGACAACACAUUCCACCUAUCCUUUUCAGCCAAGUUUGUAUACGGUCGAAGUCAAAUCUUUCCUCUUCAGCCAGGUGCAAUAUCAAUGCUGAGAUUUUUUUUUUAUUUAAAGAGAGAGAGAGAGAAUUUUUAAAUAUUAUUUUUCAGUUUUCGGUGGACACAACAUCUUUAUUUUAUUUUUAUGUGGUACUUAGGAUAGAACCCAGCGCCGUGCGCUUGCCAGACGAGCGUGUUGCCGCUUGAGCCAUAUCCCCAGCCCCAAUGCUGAGAUCUUUUUUAAAAAGAAAUCCAUUACUCUCCAUCUUUGUUCAAGGAAUGAGACUGGUCUACACUGUGAUUUAGCCUAAUGUCACUUCAAUGGUUUUGGUCUCUGCUGAGAGCCAGAGUAGUGGCUCCAGAGUCUUCAUUUCACCAGAGGGUAUAUGAUGUUUCCACUAACUCUCUCUUAAUUUCUUGAUGAAAAUAGCUAUUUGUUGAGCUAGGUUCCUUGAGAUGUAACUUUAACUUCUUUGAAGAAGACUCUUGGGUUGGAAUCCUUGCUCCUGGUUGUCUGGGUGCGGACUGCAUUAGAAAUCAUUAGAAAUACUCUUUUUUUUUUCCUUGUCCAUUAUCUGACAGGUUCUCACUUCAGUUUUCUUGAAUAUAUAUUUAUUCUGUCUCCCUCAACAGUGGAGAAAAUUAAAUGAGCUAAAUUUUGGUUUGUGCUCGAUGGAAUAUUUAUCACGUACAAGUGCCAAGAAGAGGGAAAAAUGAAUGACAAUAUAAAAUUUUAUUUGUUUUUUGGCCAUUAAGCUGGCCCAAAUGUGAGUGAGAAAAAUAAAAUCAUAACUACCAGUGUUAGAUACCAAUUCAAGGUUUAUAAACUCUUUUCAUUUAACACAUUACUUAUUUAUCGUCCUGUUUCUACUUACCAAUUUUCUUUAUGUUAGAAGGAUCCCCUAGGCUACCACAGAGACACCAGCACCCUAUUUAGUCCUCCCCUCCCUCACUUAUAUUUUUCUGAGGGAGAGAAAGGACAUUAGCGCCUGACAUCUUCAAGGAUAUUAGGACAAAGUUGAGCCUCCACUCUGCGAAGAUAAUCAGAGACUGUGGGAGUGUACCUCACCUCUCCCUGUAGCAGAUGGCUAAUAUUUUCAGGUCACAGAACCACGGCUAGGUCCUGACCCUAUGUCAUGCUUUCUCUUAUGUGUGGCAUGAAAUACUAGGACAGGGAGCUAAACAACAAUCGUAUUUGUAAUAUCUGAACUUUAAAAAAAACAGAGUGUUUAAAUGACAUUGGAAAACACUCUAACAAAAAUCAUGUUCUGUGCAGUAUUGAAAAAAUCAUUUCUCUCUGCAGAGAGCAGAUGAACCAAGCUUUCUAAAAUUUAUUCUUUGAAAAUGAUUCACUGGGACUAAUAAGAGGAACCCUCACAGAUAUGUCAAUUGAUUAUCGACACAGGUAUGAGAUUAUUCAAUGGGGACAGUUAUUUCAACAAACGGUGCUGGUAAAAUUUAAUAUGCACACGCGGAACAAGGAAGCUAGACUCUGACCUUGAACCGCAUGCCAAAGUGCUUGAAAGCCCUAAAUUUAAGAGCUAACGUAUAAAAACUAUUAGAAGAAAACACAGAGGAAAGUCUUUAUCACUUGGAUUUGGCAGUGAUUUCUUGCAUAGAACACCAAAAGAACAGGCAGCAAAAGAAAAAAAAAUAGAUAAAUUUUUAUCAACAUUUGGAGCUUUUGUUCAGCAAAGAUACUAUCAAAGAAUGAAAAAAACCCCACAGGAUAGGGAAACUAUUUGCAGAUUGUAUGUCUGAUAGGGGAUUCAUAUUAGAAUGUAUAAAUACCUUUAUCAUUUACAGCAACAAAACGCCAUCCAAUUAUAAAGUGACCAAGGACUUGAGCUGUUUUGACACAGAAGACAGACAGAUGGCCAGCUAGCACAUGAACUACAGCUAGGCUAGGCGUUGUUGGUCACUAGGGAGAUGCAAAUAGCACCGCAGUGAGACACCUCUUCAUGUCCAUUAGGUCGGCCAUUAUAUAAAAAGAAAGAAAAAGAAAAAACAGUUGUUGGCAGGGAUGCAGGGAAAUUGGAACCCUUGUGCAGAGCUGUGGAAUGGCUGGGCAGCUCCAUAGAACGUCAAACAAGGAGCCACCACGUGACCCAGCCCUUCCACUCGAAUGUACCUGUCCCGAGGAACUCAAGCAGGACGCAGGCACCUCGUACAAGUGUUCAGGGCAGCAUUGUUCACAGAACCCAGAGGUGAGACAACCCAGUGUUCACCAGUAGAAGAAGGGGUAAGCAACACGCAGCAAAGACACAUAGUGGAAUACUAUUCAGCCACUGAAAGGAACGGAAUUCCAAUACAUAUGACAAGAGACCCUGAAAGCAUGCAGAGGGACAUAAGGUGUACACAAAGUGAGGGACCCAACACAGGCCACCCCCAGAGGUAGAAAGGAGAACAGGGUCAUGGGGAGGGGUAGAGAGGACGCCAAGUUAUUAUCCAUGUGUGUAGAGUCUCCUUGGGGGAUGAUGAGAAAGUUCUGGAAAUAGUGGUGAUAGAUGCACAAUAUUGUGAAUAGACUCCGUGCCACUGAAUUGUGUUUUUAAGAUGAUAAAUGUCACAAUAUCUAGAUCUAUACAGGACACCCAGCAAGGAGUUAAAUACUGCUAGAACACAAAAGGCUAGGUAAGAACUGAAGUGUAGUAGCUGUGGCUCGGGAUCACAGUGGCUAUCAGUUUUAACAGAGGGCAAACCUCUCUGCAGGGGAAAUCCUCAUUUUGGGUGGGUGCAUAGUUAGUGGGAUCUUGGGUAGCUUUACUAAAAGAGUGAAAUUGACUUUGAGAGAGAGUUUGAUUAUGAGACGUUACAACAUCGUAGGCUGAUGGAACUGGAGAUGGCACAAGGGCUCCUCAUAACAAUUAGGACCACGAUCCCGGUGCCAGGCACGCUGUCUGUCCUCAUCCAGGAAUUGCUGGGUGGCAUGCGUAACGUGAUCCGAGGGCAACGCUGCACGAGCAUUUUCACUGUGGAGACUGCCACAGGUCGUGUCUGCCACAGUUGUGUGUGCGGUGCAUAUUCUCAGCCACGGGUUUUAUGAGACGGGAAACUAAUGCAGACUGGCACACUCCAUCAAAGGCUCUGGAAUUCUAUUUUAAAUGUAUAGGAAUUUGGGAACAUGAUUCUUUUAGGGAUGAGAGCUGUCUAGAAUUAGGACAAGGCCUUUAUUUUGAUCAGUCAAUUAACGUUUCCAGACUGCCCCUCUGAACAGCCAGCUGAAUUUGUAUUGAAUUUAUGUCAGAGUACAUCAGGCAAAUGGGGAGCCGUACAUGGGGAAAAAAAGUCUUUCAAAUUAAUUUGAAUAAGACUAGAGGAGAAAAAAUAUAGUCCCUUGCUUAAAUUCUUUUAAAGGUAACUUUGUAUCGAUUAAGUUUAUAGCAACAAAGAUUUAAAAAUAUAAUAACCAUGUAUUGAAUGGCAAUUUUAUAUACAGGUACACACAUUGGAAAUUCCUUUAGCCUGGAGAAUUUAGCUCUCUUUGUCUCUUAUUACUUUCUAAAUUACAAGGGCCAGGAAGGAAACAAAUUUAGCAUUUUGAAUUGAAUCAACAGUUCUUGGUCCCAGAUUUGACAGGGCUGCAAAUCUUAGACUUCAUAUUAACAAGCUGGUAUCUUAUAUGUGUGUAAACUGUUUGCACUAGCUGUGCAGUAUCACGGAAUGGCUUAGGAAACACUUUAUGGAUUGAUGAAUUUGAUGAGCACUUGAGGCACUGCAGUCUGGACCGGCCGCUCCGCUUGCAAAGUUUAUAUUAACAAUAUAUAGCUGUCACCUCUUCAUUCCACACAUUUCAAGGAACACAGAUGGCAGAGUGGUUCAGCAUGGCAAAGCACUAUGUUGGUGUAUAAAAGCUGACCAUAGACAGAAAACAGGUUAGAGUUGAUCAAAUAAUUUGACAAUCAUAGUCACCAAAUAAUAAGUGACAACUUUGGCUGCUUUUUGGAAUUAUAUGCUAAUACAGACAUCUAUAAGAGCCAGAAGAAAAUGCUUACGUUGGAAUUCCUCCAUGGUGGGUGUGUGGGUGCUGUGAACUUAGGGCACCCCUGGUGUGCAGAGAGCAAGUGCCACCAAAAGUUGACUUCUAGGCUGGGGUGUAGCCCUGCGGUACAGCAGAGCCCAGCAUGCACAAAGCCUUUGGUUCAAUCCCUGGUACUGGCAAAAAAGCAAAAUCAAAACAAGAUGGUGAAACCCCCCGCUCCUUGGUGCUUGGUCCUACGUUGUUAAGCAGGUCGUAGGAUACAAAUAUAUCCAACAUCUAUUGCUGUAACAUUGCCAAGAACUUAGCCACUUCCAAUACCAAUGACCUCAGUUACGGGACUUGGACGGCUUGGAAGGCUUGGUGAGGUUUUGUGCUUAGGGUCUCCGAAGUUCAACCUUAGGGUAUUACCUUGUUGCUGUCUUACUGGAGGUUCUGGGAAGAAUUCUCUCGAGGCUCCUCCAGGUUACUGGCAGAAUUCAGACUGUGCUGUCGAAGGUCUGGUGGCCUUGUUCCCUGCGGGCUGUGGCCAGCGGGCAGCUCUUGGCCCCUCAGGGCUGCCUGUGUACCUUGUCACGUGCCCCCAGCCCAUUUUAAGCCAGGUGUAGCAAACUGGGUGCUUUUCAUGUUCAAGUCUGACUUUUACUACUAACCAGAGAAAGUGCUCGUUUUCUUUUCUUUUUUUCUUUUCUCUCUUUCUUUUUGUGUUGGGGACCAAUCCCGGGGCCUCAUGCAUACUCCGCAAAUGGUCUACCACUUAGCCACACCCAAACCACAGACACUCUGCUUUUGAGAAUUUAUAUGAUCACAUUUGGGGCACAUAGAUAGUCUCCCAGGCCUCAAGCCAGUUGAUCGGCCACCUUGAUAUCUGCCUGUGAAGUCCCUUCAUAGCAACCCCUAGGUCAGGGCUCCAUGGAUCACCAGGAACUGGGAAUCCUGGGUGACCAUUCUCAGAUCCUGCCUAACAUUAUUCUGCAACUACUUUGCAGCUCCAGGAAUUCUCAGCGUGGCCUGGUGGCCGCUGGGAAAUAAGUCCGUCAGUGCUCAGCCAGACCGCCACAGCUUCUCUUCCUCCUUACUGUUCACGUCGGCCUUUUAAAGAGAAUAGGUUGGCAUGGCCUGUUUAACAGGUAAUAUACCUGGCCAAAUAAGUGAAGUGGAAUAAAAAUUAAAAUGCAGAAUAAGAGCAGAAGCUGGGGAGGAGUCUGGGAAAAGGAUAUAUCCAAAAUAGUGUUGGAGAAAGUUAAAAUUAAACAAGCCAAAGUUAGGUGUGAAAGGUAGGCCUUCUUCAGAUAUAUAAUAAAUAUUGUUUAUUUAUUAUUUACUUAAGAAACAAUUUUUAAAGAAAGGCUGGCAAAGGAGCCCAAUAUUGAAAAUUCAAAAAGGAAGAGAGGCUUAGUUGAAACAGGGAAAGGGCCCAAUAGUCCCGGAUUCUCAGCUCGUUUAUAUUUCUCUUUUCUAUGAAGAGGUUUUUGGGGUCCCUAGAUUAUGGGGGAGCCCAGCGUGGAGACCCCUGGGACAGAGACGAGGACUUGUCACGUCUCUGCUGCCAGCGUCCUGCUGGGCUCCUCUCUGGUGGGUGGACGAGCCCCCACUCACUUCCGCGUCUCCAAGGGUGUCACUCUCAGAUCUGGGGUUUUGUUCUGGUUAGUGUCCUCCUGACUCAGCCACAGUGUUGGGUUAAAGGUGGGCACGUGACCUGAUUCUGACCAGCAGGGGAGAUCUGGGACUUGCUCUAGCUCCCCAGGAAAGCCUGUCUUGCUCCCGCACUGGUGUGUGAAGUUUCUUGUUUGUGGUGGUGUUUGUUGGUUCCCUUCAGGGGUCAUUAAAGGAUUCUUUGAGGAUCUUGACAUGAGAUGGUUUAUAUACUUGAGCAUCCUGGGCCUCCCAUACAACUUUAGAAUGAAGAUCCAGGAGCCUGUUAUUUCUUAGAGCUGCAGGUGCAGAGACUGAUGGGCCACUGCAGUGGAAAGGUAGAAGCCAAUGAAAUUCUCUCAAAGCCUGAUUUGCAGACUGGUCUCUUGGGGCCCCGUGCUCAGAUGAAGUCUUUGGCCCAGAGGAAGUCGAGUGAGUAGGGGGCAGUUUUCAAACGAAGACGUGAAACUGGCCUCAGAGAAGCCUCCUUUGUAACGGAGCACGUGUAGAUGAGGUGGACACCGAGGCUGGCCAGGAGGAGGGUGCUGAAAGGGCACAGAGGCUCCAGGGACGGGUACGGACAAUGAUCUGGGGCCUGGAGGCAGAGCCUGAGUAGGGGGUGUGGACCUGUUGCAUGGGAUUGUUGAGGGGCAGCCGACUGGGACCACCCUGUGAGUGGGAGAAGACACAGAACAGGCGAGAGGAGAAAGCCAGGCAAGCAGAGGAUCUCUUGAGACCUCUUCUCAGCUGAGCCACAAAUAUGGGGGACUCCUAAGCCCAAGCCGCACCACUGACUUCUGCUCUUUGGGACCCUUUGUUUUCAUUUAUUUUUUUGCACUACUAGUGAGUGGACCCAGGGCCUUGCACGUGCUAGGCAAGCACCCUCACACCCAGCCACAUCCCCAGCCCUUUUCUGACCCUUUAAAUUCUGUAUCAGUUAAUUGUUGUCCAUUUGGAUGGGGAGGGCUGGGGGUAAACUCUAACAGCUAGGGACUGGGGCUUUAGCUCAGUGGCAGAGAGCUUGCUUAGCAUGUGUGAGGCACUGGGUUUGAUCCUCAGCACCACGUAUAAAUGAACAAAUAAAAUAAAGGCAUUCUGUCCAUCUACAACUAUGAGAAAUAAUUUUUAAAAAGUUAAAAUUCUAAUGGCUAAAUUUUUGUGCCAAUUUGGAGGAUGUUUUUUGAAAUGAAAUUUACAUUUAAGGUGAGAAACUUCAAGUAAAAUAAGUUGUCCUCCAUAUUAGGGGGUGAGCCUCAUCUGACCAGGUGGGUACAAACAGACUGGCCUCCUCGGCAGGAGGGACUUCUCCUGCAGAUGGCUCUUGGACCUGCUCUAUGUCACCAGCUUUCCUGGGCGUCCAGCCUACGGGUUCACACUGAAGAUCUGGACCUGUGGCGUGCACAGUCACACUGUGUGACCCAUUCCUUCUAAUAAAUCUCUUUAUAUAUGCACACCCACGUACACACCCCCCCACCCACACGCACACACGCACACACACACACACACACUCGGUACAGUGUCUCUGAAGAACCCUGACUAACACACAUUCCAGUAGCCUGUCUCUGGGAAGUGGCUCCUGUCACCAGGGAUGAGUCUUCUCCAGAGGUGACAGGUGAGUGACAGGGUCCCAGAAGAGAGAGGGAAACGUGGUGGAUAGUGGUCUGCUUCUGAGAGCACACAUUGGAGAUCCCUUUUCUGCAGUGGAGGACCCUGUAGGGAUAGUUGAGAAUUGAAUUUAUUUUCAUUGUGAGGUGAGUUUAUGGUCCUGCACAAAUUCCUCCUCAAUAUGUUGUCGGUUCUCGCAAAGCUCCUUUCGUCAACCGUUGAUCGGCAUGGCGGCGUGGCAUGGAGAUCUAAACUCCGUAGGCUUUAAAUCAAAGAUAUACGAUCAGACCCCGGCUCCCCAUUUACCAGCCAAGUAACCUUUGCACAGGUGACUUCAUUUCUGGGUUUUGGGUCAAUAUCUGUAAGAGAACGAUGACAACAGAAAUAUUGUGAAGAUGACAUUCAAAGUUGGUCUCACACACGGAAGGCUCCCCUCUAAAAUAAGAUACAAAGAAGGCAGCUAAACGGCACAGGGAAUGCCAAGCUGCCCGCGCCAGGCGGUGCGUUCGGUAUCUUGAAAGCAUCACCAGGUUAAACUCUCAUAACUGUUCUCAGAGCUGGAUAUCAUUCAACCCGGUUUCCUAACGAGGACUGAGGUACAGAAAGGUUAGUACCCAUGCCCCCAGUUUCCCAGCGUGGGAUGUAAAGGAGCCGGCCUCUGUAGAGAACAGCAGGCUGAGGUAUGGUUCCAGGAGCUUGGAAAGCGUGAGAUCUUGCUGCAGGGAUCUCUAACGCCAGGCCGAGGCUUCGGGCCUCCUUGGCCCUGGCAUGCUGUGAUGGGGGAAGUGAGGGGGUAGGUAGGACACAGGUGGAGGGGUCGCCGUUGUACCCAGAGUCUGAUGUGGCCGCCCUACCUGGUGCUGUUCUCCACUGCCUGCCAAUCAUCUCAAAUUGCAUGGUGGUUUGGGGAAGUGGGUAAAUAGAAUCCAGGGCCAAGUCGGGCUUCUCCGCUUCCUUGUGGUAUGUCAUAAUCAAGAUGCAAAUCAGCGUCUCCUGGGUGGAAAAGAUCAUAAACGGGAAACGUGCUGCACCUCGGAGUUUUCACAGAUUUCAGUCAUUUGGUCCAAAUCCAGAAACUGUCUUGAGAGAAUAAAAAGGCUGCAGAAUGGGAACUGAGGAGGACUGCUGAGCCCGUAGCCAGCUACUUUGCCAGGACCAGAGGCGUUUAAUUUUCAUGGUCUUGCAGUAAAUUUAAAGGCAAAUUAUAAAAGUAAGACUCAGUUUUGGUAAGGCUCCAGUUUAUGUGUAUCAGGCUUCUAACUAGACCAUGGGGGCUGCUGGUGAAAGUUUAGAUUUAAAGACCUUCACAAAAGUGUCCUGUGUGGAAAUCUCUAGCACUUGUGGAAUUCCCAAUGAUUCCCAAUGACGUCCCAUGGCACACUCCUCAGCCUCACAUCAGCCAGGGCAUUGGAAAGUGGGGUGUGGCUGGUGGUGGAAAGUCAUGUUUUUAAGGGGUCAGUGCAAAAGUUAGGGACCAAAUCAUUUUGCCUAAUGUAUUUAGGGAACUCAGUGUCUGUUUCCACAUUCAAAUGAUAGUUGCUUAAUUGCACACUGUGCCUGGUAGGGGAAAUUGAGGCCUGCAGGAGAGGUGGUCUGCGUGGUGAUGAGGAUCUUUGAGCCUCAGUUCCUUUAUGUGCAGCACGUGGGUAUUAAUGAUUAUCUCGUCAUGCUUGUGAAACCCGUGGUAAUGUUGCUGGCAUGUAUGAAGUGCUCAGGCUGCAAAGCUAAUGUAAUUAUUAACUGGAAAAAAGUUGUCGGUUCCAGGAUGAACGAAAAUUGUUGGUCAUGCAUGACACUGAGGAGAAGGGCAGUCUGCAGGCUCUGAAACUGGGCCGUGGUGGACCGUGGUGGCUGGGCCCAUGGUGUUGAGGUAAGGUCGCAUGUCCAAAGAGGAGAAGAGGAGGUCCCAUCUACCCUAAGCUGCUUCAGGCACAGAAAAGGCUCAGGCAUUUCUGAGAGACGGUGGACAUGAUAACGUGACGGGGGCCAGAGAUCCUCGAUGGCAGCCUGCUGCGCUGGAGUCUCAUCUUCUUUUCCUCCGGACCACCCCUCCCGCUUGCUCAGCAGACAGGCUAGGUGCAGAGGUUGAGCUGUGGAUCUCAUUUCUUGUGUUUUGCUGCUUGUGAAGUCUGCCAACAGAAUCCACCUUGACAAAGUCAAGGACUGUGCGUUUAAUGUUGAACUGAGUGAAUAAAUUAUGCAUGAAAUUGUGCCGGAGUCUCUAGUGUGCAGAAUUGCUCCUUUUGAUAUGAAAGGUUAAUUCAGAAAGGAGUCCAGAAUAGCUGGAAAUUGUGGGGAUAAGUGGAGAGUAUUCACUGUUGUGAGCUGUUAUUACUAGAAAUUGCAUUCCCUCUCUGGCUUCCCCGGAGAUUUUGCUUUGCCAGUGAAUAUAAACUGUGCUCAAUAGAAUAGCAUUUAGGAGUAACAAGAGUGUAUGUCCACACACAAUAAAAUAUUCUAAUGGCGUUUUAAAGAGAAGUUGUACUUUUUCAUGUAUAUCGUGCCCCCCAAGGAAGAAUUUCUAUUGCAUUUAGGUCAAGAACAAGGUACAUCAGAAGUAAUGAGUUUUGAGCAUGUAUGUAUUUCAAGGGGCUGCCUGGGACUCCCGUUUUGCAGCCGGGGCUGGUCCUGCCACUGAUUAGCUAUGCGAGCCUGGUUUCUGAUAAAGCCCAAAGCAUCCUUGCCUCGGGAAGGAAACAACCCAAAUUGUUUUAUCACCAAAUCCUACAUACCCAGCUCCGAUUUAAUCUUCAGUAAGUGUAUGGCGCUCUUCAACCUGUUUCGCUCAGGUUGAUGUCCUUUUUACACAUAUCCCAGAUCACUUUUAGGUUAGUUCAUUAUUUCCAGCAAGGGGGAAAAAAUGGAGUUGGCUAGAAAGCUGAAUUUUACUUAAAAUACACACACACAUAUUUUUGGAGCUUGUUAGAGGCUCCUCUUUGUGUUCCCAUCACCAGGGAACAGCAUUGUGCUUCCAGACUGUGGGCGGUGUUUAUUUUUGUCUCUUAUGUACAUGCUCAGAAACCAUCUCCUUAAUCUCCACAGGGUACCGGGAGUUUUUUCUCUAAUUAUAAAGUGGUAUCCUUUCUGACCCGGGGUAGUUUUUAAUUUUAAUUCCUGCCUCGUGUUUAUAAACUGCUGGAUUGCAUUAUCCUGUUGGGAUCCUCGAAAACUCUCUCUCUUUUGUGUUGAUUUUAACAAUUAGAUAUUCAUUCUAUGUAUUAAGAUGUGUUUGAGGCCAACCAAAGAUGUGUUUUUGAUGUCGAUUCUUUCUCCUCCUGUGUUUCCCUUAUCUAUAUAUUUUAGGUGGAAAUGAAACUUUAAAAACUCCAGAUUACCUUUGAAACUAAAAAGCCUGGGUACUAUUAAACAUGCAACCAAAGUUAGAGUAAAGAAUUUGAUCCAAUUACCUUUAUUUAGGGUUUUUUUUUUUUUUUUGUCUUGCUUUCCAAAUGUUUGUAUAGCAAAAGAUAUGUAAAUCUUGGCAUAGGGAAGAUAUUCCUGUACGUUCCGUCAGAUGCCGGAUUAAAAUAAAUAGUUGCUCCAACAUCAAGGUGCCUGCAAGUUCUUUUAAAAAUGUUAUUUGUUACUUUAUGGUAUUUCUAAGGAGUGUUUAAAAUGACUAAUCCUCAGCCUACUCAUUAAUGCCAUGUGUAUUAAGUUUCUUCUCUCUGCUGCCUGUGACUCAUGAGUUGGCCCUGGACGGCAAAUUGGCAAAAUAGCUCCAUGUCCCUGGAAACGUUUCGAGGUGCACAGUGAAAAUAGGUUGUGCCUUGGGGGCUGCAGAGAUUCAGUUCAGGUGGACCUGGAUCCUUCGGCUGCCAGAAGUCAAGAAUUCAGUCACAGGCCCAAUAUGGAAUUGUGCUUAACAUUCCAACGAUUAUAGAGGUGUCUGCCCCUGUGAUGUUAUAUUCUGAGUAUUUAAAAAUAUUUUGGGCAAACCAAACACGCAUCUUUUAUGUAGAUUCAAAUGCCUUCCGCAGAUCAAACUAAAAAGUCAUUGAAUCAGCAACUUUGUCGCAUUGAGAACAGGUAUCAAAGGCAGUGAAGAGGCGGCUGCUGCCUGAUUAGAAUUUACACACUCCGCAAGACCAACCACAGGGUGGAGGUUUUCAUACCCUGGUGUCAUGCACAGGGACUCACAUGCCAAAGUGGAAGAAAAACAAGUUCUUUUAAGAGAUUUUCACUCUCGCGCCUAUAUAUAUAUCCAUUAAAGAAAUAAAUGUCACUAUUUCACGUAGAAAAUAUAUGAUUUUGCAUAUAAAACAAAAAUCUUAAAUGUUUUAUGUUCUUUUAAAUAUGUUUGGCAUAAUUUUAAUUAAAUUCAAAUGUUUUAUAUGAUUUUAAAUAAAAUAUUUAAAAUAUGCUAUUUAAAUCGUAUAGUGUAUUUAAGUAUGCUCUUUAAAUGUUUUAUUUAAAUCUAGUGACAGAAUGUUCACUUUUAGCCCAGACAUUUUUGCAAGUAAAGAAUCACCCAGAGAAACAAUUUAGAAGCAAAUGGAGACUCUUUUCCACAAGUAAUUAAUACAUUUAAAAGCAGGUUUGAAGUCAUUAGUUAAGCAAGAGAAUCAAUCUCUUUUAAAAGCUUCCCAUCCCCGGAGGCCCAUUCAGUGGUGCACACCUGCUCUCCCGCAGUCCUGCGCCCUGCCUGGCACCGUGGACAUUUUCUUUAUCCACCCCCCCUCCACCUCUUGCUCCAGGGGCGUGAUAACAUAUUUUCAAGACUAGAUACAUAUUUUCUUAAAAAUUUAUACUCUCCCUCCGUCCCACGACAUCCAAGAGCAUCGUGCUUACAUUUCUCAUUAUGUAAAAUGAAGUUGGGAUUGAAAUUACAUAGCAAAUGCCCAUCAGUUGAAUACCCUGUUUGUGACAUAUCAGGCGCAGAGAAUUUUCCGCCAUCACUAAGCACAGAGUCGGGUCUCGGAUGCUGGCAGGUCACCUUGGGAGAACCUGGGAGUUCUCUAGCUCUUCUUCAAGUCGUACAAAUGAUCCCUUUCAACCGUUAAUGAUCUUUCCUUUUGUGGAUGAAGUGAUCUAAGUGGAAAACACACAUUCUUUUUGAAAGAACAAAUUUAUUGGUGAGUGUGACCAACAAAAAUAAUUGAAGUUUUUUUAAAAAAAAAAUGGAAGGUAAGUGUUGGUUGCAUAUCUUCUUGGUGGACCUCUGGAGUCCAAUGACCAUUAGGAGGAGUGACCCUCCACCUCGACGGGCAAGAGAUCACAUUUCAACCCCCAAACACUGUCGACGUGGAAGAUCGGCCGUGUGUGUGUGUGUGUGUGUGUGUGUGUGUAAGUAAUGGGGAUUUCUGCAGCUGGAUCCAAAAGGGCUCAAUACUAAUAUUUAUUUUAUUAUUCAUUACGUUCUUUUACUUUCCAAUUUUUAAGCAUGAGAAUUGAUAUUUGCCCUUGAAAUGUGAGGGAGCCUGGGAACCCUGUUUCUUUUAUCCUUGUCCAUUCUGUUAUUUUCUAUUGCUGAUGUAAAAAAUCACUACAAACUCAAUGGCUUAAACAAUGCGAAUUUGUUAUUAUGCAUCUCUGACUGUCACAGGGCAAGGCAAGGUGUGGGCAGGUCCGUGCUCCUGAGUGGAGGUGUUGGGUGGUUUUCUCUUUGCCUUUCGGGCCUCCAGAGGCUGCCCACGCUCCUUGGCGGGUGGCACCUCCCUCAUUGCCAGAGCCAGCCAGGCUACGUCUUCUGGUUCCUCCCUGGUCACCUCUUCCUUGCCUCUGAGCUCCAUAGGAACAGGCUCAGAUAAGGACCCUGACUCAGUUGUCCCAGCCAGACACCUAGGCCAACCCCAUGCCAAAGCCCUACCCUUGGCCCGUUGGCAGAUUUCCUUUGUGAGGAGAGGUUGGCACAUCCGUGGGCUCUGGAGCCUCCGAUGCACAUGUCUUUGGGGAACCCCUGUUCUGCUUCCCGCACACAGGAAGAUGACAAAAGUCAACAGCAAUAGCAGGUCCUGCCUCUUGUUUUAUCUGAUGCUCCUUUGUGUCCUUCCCAAAAGUGAGCGUGUGUGUACACAGCAGGCACUCAGCAUUUGUUGAGUGAAUCAAGGAUGAAGCUUGCCCAGGAGCAAUGAGUGUGGUGGGCGCUCGGCAAACAGCAGUUCUGGAGACUAGGAGUCCAAGACCAAGGCACUGGCACCUGGUGUGGGCCUCCUGAUGGCAUCUUCACCUGGCGGAAAGGAAGAGGGAAGGAGAGGCUGGAUGCUGUGUCCUCCCAUGGCAGAAGAGCAGAAGAGAGCCCACGUCCACAGCGGCCAUCAGUAGGGCAGAGCCAAGCAGCCUCAGCACCUCCCAUUAGCUGCCCCCGGCACUGUUGCGUUGGGGUUGUUUCCAACUGAAUUUGGAGGACACACUCAAGCCCCAGCAAUGAGUCACACGAAACUGUUCGUCAUCUGUAAUUCAGAGACACAUUCUGGCGGACGCAGGCUCUGGAUACCCCACUCACUCGCUCGUUUUCCACGUAUUCUGAGCUGCCCUGCUUCAGGCCCUCUGUUGCAGACUGUGACUACAACCACCAAGAAGGUGUGCCCCUCGGCCUCUCAGCCUUCACCAAUGUGGAGGGCAGGCAACCUGGUGCAAGAACAAGCACAGGCUCACAUCCUGGUGCCAUGACUUACCCGCUGCGCCCUGGGGUCCAACAAUUUAACCACCCCAAACUCCAUUCAUGCAUGUCACUGAGGUUAGCUGAACUUACCUUGAAAGUUCGCUAUGAAGAGUGAAUUAUUUCUUGCACAGGAAUGUUUACUGUAGUCUGUGGCCCAGAAGAAUUGGUACUUUGAAACUUCAAAAACUCCUUGUUAUUGGGUACCUUAAGAGGACUUGGUUCUAUUUGUGAUGAGGAAGCUUUGCCCUCUCUAGGGCUAGCGCCAAAUAGCAACAUGGACUUUGAGAAGGUAGUACCGCAGCCCUGCCUUCCCUCCCUGAUCCCAGUGCUCUUUUUUGGAGAACUUUAUUACUACCAACACAUUACAGUGUACCUGCCACCAUGAAUUAGUCUUCUAAAACCAUGAGCCCCAAAUUCGCUUUCCCUCCUGAGAGUUGUUCUUGGUAUCUUGGUCACAGAGGUGAAGAGCAGGCGCUGUCUAGUUAUUGUGCCUGGAUGUCACAUAAGCCACACGACAGCCCUGGUGGGAUUAGGAGCUGCUCUAGGAACCAUUUCCCAGGUGAUGCAAUGCCGGCAAGAGGGCUAACCAGGCUCCUAACCCAGGUGGCUGUCUCCAGUGUGUACACCUGGCCCUGCCCCCUCCUGGCUCGUUGACCUUAUCCUCUGAAGCUUGGAGACCACAUUGGAAGGUGACAACAGCGAGAAGCUUCUCCUGGGGUAGUGGAGGACGACAGGGAAGCCAUGGACACAGCUCCUGGGACGAGGUGAGAAGUCAUAGCACAUAGGCAUCUGCCAACAUCCCCAUUAUUGUCAUCAUGGUCAUUACCACGGUGGUCACUGCCAUGUUUUGGAAAUGAAUCCCAAACGGCAGGACAGGUAACAGAGGGAAUUUUGUUGCUGUUGCUGCAUUAUUAAGAAAGAGUUCGCUGGUCUUAGAUUUUUGAAGCUGGAAAAAUCUCAGACACUUUAUAAGUCCCUGUGAUCUCAUAGAAAUCUGCACGACUGGAAUCAAUGUGUGAAAAGAGCAGAGUUUGUUUUUACCCCAGUUGAAAAUGUGCAAUGACAUAAUGUAACCCUUUAAGAUAACAGGAGCCAGCUGCCCCAUUCAUAUUUAAAUAUGAGUCACCUUCCAGGGAGACUUGCAAGAUUCUAUGUGCCAAGCUGGAAAAGUAAAAAUUGCCAGCAAGGAGGGAAAGAAUAAAUUCACACUUGAAGGAUGUGUUGCAGAGCCGCCCCGCACAGCAGAUUCUGGGGGCAGAGAGAGGCACCCUGGUGGCCAGAGGAAGAACUGCGGAGCCACAGUGCCACAAUCCAUGCGGAGACCUUGAGGCACCUGGAGGGUCCCUUUCACUUGAUUAAAAAUAUUUUGUUUUCUGUAUAAAUGGCCCCUAUUUCCAGGCACGUGAUUGUUAGAAACACAACAUAGUAAUUUCUGAAUAACACCCCGAGCUGCUGAGACCUCAGUGUUUGGCCAGCCAUCUCCAGGGUCUCCCAGGACAGCAGAGCUCUCUUAGAAGAAAGAGUCAAUUCCAAGUCUCAUCAAUAGGGCCAGCAAAGCUACUUGCUCAUAAGAAAAGCCUACAGAAAUGAUCACCUGUGAGGAUAUUCCCACUGUAAUAACGUCCCCAUGAAGAUUGUGGUGUCCCUCAUCUUCCAGAGAGCCAGUUCAAGAUCUCUCAGUGUGAGCCCACUGCUUGGCCAGGGAAUAUAUUUUGCAGGAGUAAAGAGGCAUUCCUGGUGCUUAUCUGCCCUCUCUCCUCUUACCUCGGCAACUUCCAACAGUUACAAGAGAUUGUGAGGGUAGCAAAAUGAGUAUUCAAGAGGAGACGUUUUGCAGUUUCUGUGUGAAGUCUCGAGUGUGCCUGGUGUGGGGGCUACUGCAGCAAGACCAAACUCUGAGCAUCUAGUCGUUAAACACAAACUCUCUCAUUUUCUCACAUUGGAUAUUGAACAUUCCAGCUAUCUGCAGAGAAGUCGGCCUGUAGAUAGAGGUUUCAAAACUGACAAGUGAACCGGGAGGAGGGAGGCGUUAUGUCGUGUUGGACUUGGCACAACUCCUUCCAAAGCAACAUCGCCCGUCUUUGUACCCUGGAACAGAGCACAAAGAGGGAGACCGGCACAUAAUUUGGCUCUGCAAAUAAUUUUUGAAUUAAUCAAAUCAGUCUGUGCCUCCUAACUCCUGCACUCCGCUCUUGGCUCCCCAGUCUGUUGGUCUGGCAUCCUCUCCUGUUCUGUCCUUGGUGUGACCUUCAAAUCUGACCAUUUGUCUUCAGGUUUGUGGCUCUCUGCUCUGUGUUAUUGAAGCCUGUGAGGCUCCGGCUAUGUCUCUGCUUGCCAUCCAUGACAUUAAUCCCCAACGCUAACAGAGGGCUCCCAGAAUCCCUGUUUGUGUUUGCUUAGAUUCAGGAUUGUAAAUGCAACUGUGUCCAAGAGCCAGCGUCCACUGUGGGCUGUGGGGGCAGGCAGGACCCAGGGGUGAGGAGGUCCAAGGUGAGCUGGAGACUGGGAGACCAGCCUUAGCCAGCAGGAGGCGCUGUUUCUGCCCAGGUCCUGGUUCACAGGCACCCAGCCUUACUAGAUCUUCAUGAGUUUUCAAGAGAAGACAGCAACACAAACUUUGGGUUGAAAUAAAUCUAUUUUUCCAAUGCGACUCUCAAUUCCUAAUUUCUAACAUUGUGUGUAAAUGUCAGGGAAAAUUGAGGUUGAAAUUUGGAUGGUUGAUAAUGUUCAGGAAUUAACAUUGGCUCUGUUUGGUGUGAUAUUGAUAUCAUAGUCAUUUUAUUAAAAUGUCCUCAUCUUUUACAAAUCUUCACUGAAAUCUUUACAGAUGAAUGAUGGAACUUCUGAGAUUUGUUUCAAAACGAUCCGGGGGUUCAGGUGAGAAAACAGACAUACAGGAAAUGAGGGGUGUAAAUGAAACAAUAUAGACGAGACAUUGAUGACGAUUGAGGGCCCUUGACGGAGGGAGGAAUUGAUGUUAAAUUUGCACAUGUCUGAAGUUUCCCUAAUAAAGAAUUUGGAAAAGCCGUGGUCAUAGGCUGGGUUUGA